AUUUGCCGAGCGCUGGCUUGCGGAGCGCCUAAGCCCUCCUGACGCGGCCGGCCCCCUCCCUCCCCCUCCUUCCUUCCUUCCCCGCCCCCGGAGGCGCAUUAACCCUUCGGCGCCCGUGCAGCGCGCCUUCCUCCCGUUUUCUCCCGCUAAGCGGGGAGGGGCGAGAGGAGGAAACGGCCGAGGGAGGCGACGCCAAGCAGCCGUCGGUUAAAUGCCCUUGCACGGGCGGGCGGCGGCGGAGGCGUCUCCGUUUGCGAAGCGAGGCUGCUGGAGGCCGGGCAGCGGCGCGAUGGUGGCCCCCGGCCCGUCGGGCUCCUCCGCGGCCAGCAAGACCCGCCUGUUGCCGCCGGGGCUCCGGUGAGACUCAGGAUGCUGGGUCCCCGGGAGAGAGCGGCGCCCCGCCAGGCGCCCCCAGCCGAAAGCGCCCGGGACCCCGAGCGACACCAGCGCUGGGCCACCCUCUUCGAGCAGCUGGACACCAACAAGGACGGGCGCGUGGACGUCCACGAGCUCCGCCAGGGCCUGGCCCGGAUGGGCAUGAACGCCGGCUCCCACGCCGAGCAGGUGGGUGGCCAGCGCGGGGAAGGCGCCCGCGGCGCCCCGGGGAAAUGGAGGAGGGGGGCGCAGGGCGGGAGACCCUCGGGGCGCAGGGGGGGGAGACCCUCGGGGCGCAGGGCACCUCUCUGUGGAUCGCAGGCGUCUGGGUGGCACGCGGUGCCCGCCCCCUGCUCUCCAAAGACCCCCUGCAAAGUGGGUGGCCCCCGGACGGGGCUCCCGCUGGACCCUGGAAGCGCACGGAUCGAGGAGGGGGAUGUUCGCCGGUGCCGCUGAAGCCGGAUGCAAGCGGCGACUUCCCAAAGGCGAUGGAGCCCCUUUCUCUUCUGCAUCUUCCCUUUCUCCCGGGGGGGGGGUCUCCUCUUCUCCGCUCUCCCGACGCCAGAAGGGAGCCGUCUGCUGGAGGGGACGGGGGAUUGCUUUGGGCGCGCUGCACGCCCGGCGGCUGGGGAAGGGGCCUUCUGCGUCUUGCACAACCGGCGAACGGGACGGAUUCCGCCCCCUUUACGCGCACGACUCCGGCAUUGCACUGAAGCUUUCCUUAUGAGUCAGCCCUGCUCCUAUUCCGGCACUAUAAAAGCCCUCUGCCCCCGCCUCCCCCCCACGCCCGGUUGUCAGAACGGUGACAAAAUAAUUUCUCCCGCUUUGCAGUGGCAAAACAGCGUAGAAGUGGGCGCAUGCCUUCCAGCCAGGUCUAGGAAGGAGGGCAGGGCGCCUGUGUUUUUUCCAGGGAUCUGUUAGGAGGUGGGGGAUUUCACCUGCAGCAGCUUCUCACCCUGACAGGUGCCACACACACGUCCCCAAAUUGUACAAAGCAUUAAAGGUACAAAAAGCCUUCUCUUUGCACCCUGACAAGUGCAAAGGGACGUGCGCCCACACACAUAUAUCCAGGCAGGAUUUAAUUUGGGUCAUGGAAACCACACUGAAUGCCAGAGAUCAACAAGCGGAAUAUGCUAAUAAAAAUUCCUUUGAACAUGUGCAGAAUGUAUAUGCAGGGUAACCGCAGUGUGCGCUGCACUCAGGAGGAUUAGGAACUGGGCUUUCCAGGACAGCUGAUACAGCUUUUGGACAUGCUUCUAAGUAAUUGCCUGUUUUGUGCAGUGGGAGAACUGUGUUAAGUCCGUUGCAGCAAAAGCAGCAGAAAGUCUGUGGCACUUUUAAAGAUGAACAGUACUGCUAUGGUAGGGGUGGGCUUUGGUAAUCUUUGGUAGUAUGGCGCCCUGAGCAAGGCCAAAAUUUGGGGUCCCCAAAUGGGUCUUCUCAAUUUUGCACCCCCUCAGCUUGGCGUCCUGUGCGGGAGAACUGCCCGCACCACCCUAAAUCCGGCUCUGGUUGUGGCACAAGCUUUUGUGGAUUUUUAUUUUUUAUACACUUAUGUACAAAGUGUUGUCAGGGACGUGGGUGGCGCUGUGGGUUAAACCACAGAGCCUAGGACUUGCUGAUCAGAAGAUCGGCGGUUCGAAUCCCCGCAACAGGGUGAGCUCCCGUUGUUCGGUCCCUGCUCCUGCCAACCUAGCAGUUUGAAAGCACCUCAAAGUGCAAGUAGAUAAAUAGGUACCGCUCUGGCGGGAAGGUAAACUGCGUUUCCGUGCGCUGCUCUGGUUCGCCAGAAGCGGCUUAGUCAUGCUGGCCACAUGACCCAGAAGCUCCCUCGGCCAAUAAAGGAAGAUGAGCACCGCAACCCCAGAGUCGGUCACGACUGGACCUAAUGGCCAGGGGUCCCUUUACCUUUACCUUUACCUUUACAAAGUGUUGUCAGGUUUGUGAAUAUGUAUAUGGUUGUAGGGAGAAAAAUAAUAAACGGUGGAGUCAAAUGGCAAUUAAAUGCUGCUGCAGAGGGGGCUAACCUUUGACGUCGCUGGACUCCCAGCGGCUCCAGCCAAGCAGAGGUGAAACUAGGCUUUAUUUCACCAUGGUCAAAGACCCAGUUUGGCACAUGCGCACACACACACACACACAGGCUGGGAGCCUCAAUGGCACCCCUCUGCAGGCUUCACUGGGAGCAAAAUACCUGGCUAGCCCCGCUCCCCAUAGCUGCAGCUCUGCAGCCAAGCAUGACCAAAGGUCAGGGAUGAUGGGAAUUCAACAACUGGAGGAUCACAGGCUAACCACCUUUGGGCUAGUGUAUAGCAAACAGUGCCAUGAAUCCAUAUGCCUACCCAAACCCACUUCCUGAUGAGCUAUUCUUUCCAUUGACCAACAAGCAAGGUUGAAUCCAGGUUAAUGGUUAAUGGUAGUCCUGGGGCAAUAUAUAAUUAUAAUUCUGGGAGCAUUGGGAGAAAACAAUGACUAUCUCAAUCAUUUGCCCUACUGCCAUUAAGAUAUGCAUAUUACUGUAUUUAUUCCUGUGAAAGGAAAGUAUUUUUGUUGUUUGCUGCCUGUCUUCUGUACUUUUCCAGAUGUUAUUUUGCAGCAGCUAGCUAAUGCAUCGUUGGCAAUCUCUGUACCUUCAUCCAGAGAGCACAGGGUGACCAUUGUGUGGUUAUUCUUUAAGUGUCUGCCUGUGGAUAUAUUGCUUUAUUUAGCUCUGCUGCUUGGAAUAGUCUGGUGAAAAGGAGCAGAGGUUUAAAGUAGGGAUGCCAAGCCUGUGGUCCCCCUGAACUUGCUGGACUCCAAGUCCCAUAAUCCCUGACCACUGACUCUGCUGGCAGAGGCUGAUGGGAGUUGAGAGUCCAGCAACAUCUGGAGGGCCACAGGUUCCCCACCCCUGGUGUAAAGAGCCGUAAUGAAGAGAUAUCUUCAUUCAUGCCUUGGGAAGAGAUAUCUGGGGUACUUCGCAGGAGAACGGUGCUGAGCCUGUUGCUGCUCAGUAUUUUCUUUGCUGACCAGUAAGCGCAUCCACUGACUUCACUUGCUGAGUUGUCAGAUAAUGAAAAGAAUGUUUGAGGGUAUUCACCUCACCUGAAGGGCUCUGUUAAAAAAGGACUGAGUUCACAUGGAGUUCAAUGGACGCAUGUGGCUUGGAAGUUAACCUACCGUGGCUUGUUCACUCAAUGAAUUCUCAAUGUGUGCAUGAGCUGGCUCUGAUGUGAAGGCACAGAAAAUGGUGUGUGUGUGUGUGUUUCAUAGAGAAGUGCUAUGGGGAAACUUGAUAGAAUUAACAAAUACUUGGAUGAUAAAAAAUGGUCCCAUUGACCAAGGAUGGGGAACAUCUAUUGCUUUUUUCAUCUCUGAUGGAAGGAAGACACUGGUGAAAAGGAACAGCAGUGGUGGACUUUGGGCUCUCAAAUUCCAGUGGUGUGAGGAACCUGAAACCCUCCAGAUGUUGGACUGCCACCGCCCUCUGCCAGCAAAGUCAGUGGUCAGGGAUUAUGGGAGUUGGAGUCCAGCAAGUUCAAGGAUUACAAUUCCCAUUCUCCUUGACCAUUGACUAUGAUGGCUGAGGCUGAUGGGAGCUAGAGGCAAGCAACAGCUGGAGGGGCAGAGAUUCUCCAUUCUUGAUGUAAGGGAUAAGCAUUUGUUGUUGUUUCAACGAUUAUCUUCUCAAACGAGAGCUAGGUAGCUGGCAACACAGUGGAAUUCCACAACCAACUGGCUUGCAGCCAAACUUCUCUUUGGUAGCUCAUAUUCUUUAUUUUGAAUUCGGUAUUUUAAAACAAAAGCUGGAGUAUGAUGCCAAGGAAACUAGCAGCCUAAAAAGAAAUUCAAGAAGAUGGUAUAACCCAGUGCAUUGAUCUCACCAGCAUCUAGGUCUCAGCAAAUCACGCUAUUUGAAGUAAAAAUACACAACUCAUAAAAUGUUGAGGUGACAUCUCAAGGUCAAAAUCUAACAUUAGAAAUGUAGGCAAAUUUCCCAAAAAUUAUUUUCAUCCUUUGAACAGGCAGCUUGGUGAAUUCUGGGCUUAAGGAGGAAGAGGCAGCUGGAAGUACAGAUAUCGCUUUCUAAUUCUGCCACCUUAACUGACAGUGCAAAGUGGAUGUAUUCAGAAAUAUGUGCAUUUAGGAAUGUAGCCUGACAGUGCAAUACUAUACCCACCUACCCAGAAGCAAGUCCCAUUGAGUUCAAUGGAGAUUACUCUCCAGUACGUGAAUAGAAGAUUGCAACCCAAGAGAUUCUUCCAGUUUUCUGCAUCUCAGUUUCUCAAUUUUAAAUGAGGAAAGAAAGAAAGAAAGAAAGAAAGAAAGAAAGAAAGAAAGAAAGAAAGAAAGAAAGAAGAGAGAGACCCAAUGGGAUAGGAGAGCUAUACUCAAGCUUUAUUAAAGUUAUGCCAUUUUCAGCACUAGCCAAUAACCCAUUUCUCUGACAAUGUUGUGAAAUGUGAGCUAUUACAAAGAGGAAGGAAUGUUAAUAGUGUUUAUCCUCAGCAUGCAUUCAAAUGGCUACAGAAAUGGAGUGCAAGACAGGUCAAAAACUCCACGCAGCUGCACUCCAUAAUAUGUGCCCCAGGAUCCUUUGUGCAAUGAUGUUUGUCUUGGGGAGGUGUCAUGGUGUGUGCAGUCUGGAAUGCACUUUUCGGUUUGCAUCCCUCUUCCUUAAUGCUCCUGAAUGCAUUGUUGAAGCCGUUGGAAUCAAAUGCUGGGGUAUUGUGCAAACCAGGUGUGCUCAUUAGCAGAUUUCCUUCACAUAUUUUCCACCAGCUGCCUCAAGAUCUUGUCAUGCCCUGGGAUGCCGUGAUCAUAGAACUGGAAAGGUCCUUGUAAGCCAUGUGGUUCAACCACUGCUUAAUGUGUGUGUGUGGGGGGGGGACAAUCUGUCUCUUUCACUCUGGCUGGAAAAGAAGUUCCCUUCUGAAAGUGCUUCACAGAAAUGCACACAAAGACUAGGCAUGCUCAUAUAUGGAGGAAUGUACUGAGGUUGUUGGCCUACUUACUGUUUUAGAAUUGUUGCACAGCCCCGUCUAAGAAUAACUUUUGCCAGUGUAAUGUUGGUGGAGCUUGUCAGUUCUACUCCCACCUCUGCUUACUUUCAGUGUGUGAACAUACCCUUCCCUAGAUCAGGUGUGAGGAACCUUUGGCCUUCCAGAUGUCACUGAACUACAAUUCCCAUCAGCCCCAGCAAGCAUGGCCAAUGGCCAGGGAUGGUGAGAGAUCAGCAACACCUGGAGAUGCCAAAGACUUUCCACAUCUGCCUUAGACUCUGAAUUACCGUAUUUUUUGCUCUAUAAGACACACUUUUUCCCUCCUAAAAAGUAAGGGGAAAUGUGUGUGCGUCUUAUGGAGCGAGUGCAGGCUGCGCGGCUGUCCCACAAGCCAGAACAGCGAGAGGGAUCGCUGCACAGUGCUCCCUCUUGCUGUUCUAGCUUCUGGCUUAGCCCCUCAGUCCCUUCCCCCACCUCCCAGAGAAGCCGCCAAGAGCUGCGCUCCCUUUAAAGAGCCCCAUGGAGCAUGUGUGAGGCUCUUGGAGGCUUUUCCCCAAGGAGGCUCUGCUCAGUGCUCCCUUAAAAAAUUUUUUUUUCUUGCAUUCCCCCUCUAAAAACUAGGUGCGUCUUAUGGUCAGGUGCGUCUUAUGGAGCGAAAAAUACAGUAUGUGGAUAUGCUAUCUCACAAAUCUUACAAAUGAAUUAUGUACAGGCAGCGGCAGAGCAAGCCGAUCAGGCACCUGGGACAGUGCACAUGCCCUGCGCCCAGGGGCAGGGUCAGCCACCAUGGGGCUGGGCAAGCCGGGGCAGGACGUUCUGCAGGGCCUUCAUGAGCUCUGCCUACCUCCUCCCACUCAGCCACCCUACAGCUGGGGGGGAGGCAGUGGGCAGACCAUUGGGGGCAGCGUGGAGCCCGCGGGCGCGCAAGCCACCACAUCACUCCCAGGAGAGACGCAUGGCUCAGGUGCGCUGCAGACCCCACAGUGAGUGCCGCCUGGCAUUUUGUCACCCCCCUCAGUGGUGACACCCGGGGUGGCCCGCCCCCACCGUAGCCCCCCUUUCCUCCGCCCCUGUGCACAGGAAGUCUGCAGACAGGAAACUGCAGAGUCACAGUUGGGUUCACACCCAUUGGUGCUUUAAAGCCUACUUGAGUACAGUGGUACCUCGGGUUACAUAUGCUUCAGGUUACAGACACUGCUAACCCAGAAAUAGUGUUUCAUGUUAAGAACUUUGCUUCAGGAUGAGAACAGAAAUUGUGCUCCCGCGGCGCAGCAGCAGGAGGAGGCCCCAUUAGCUAAAGUGGUGCUUCAGGUUAAGAACAGUUUCAGGUUAAGUACGGACCUCCGGAACGAAUUAAGUACUUAACCCGAGGUACCACUGUAUUGGGACUCAGCAUCAUUUGAUGGUGAAACCUUCUGCAUACACAGUUGGGAAGAAAUGUUAUCCAUGCAAACAGUAUGAAACUUGCCUUUCCUCCUCAAGCUUCUAGCUCCCAAUUCCUCAUAAAGUCUGAACCAGAAACCAUGCCACAGCAGGGUUUGAACUGAGCCAAACUUCAGGAAGACUGAGCUUUGAGAACCUGUGUCAGAUACCAGGGUUCCCCUGAAAUAUGGAAAGCAGUUAUGAAAUGAUGGAGACUGAAACCCUGUAUGUGUCUUUACUUGAAAGUAAGGCACACCAUCCUCAGUAGGAUUUAUUUAUGAGAAAGCAAUUGUGGAUGGGCCUCAAUUUAGGCAGGAUGAGGUUAAAGGGCAGAAAAUCUAUUUUUGUUUGUUAUUGUUGUAUUUUUACUACCAGUGAAGAUGUGUUUGUGGGAUUAGCUGCCUUUAAUGCCAAAAAUAACUUUGCUAGUCUUGAGCACUGUGCACCCUGAUGGGCACGGCAGGUAUUGUAUUUGCUCUUCUGCGUCAGGCAACAAAAUACUGUAUUUUUCCGUCUAUAAGACACCUCCAUGUAUAAGACGCCCCCUAUUUUGGGGGACUCAGAUUUAAGAAAAUGGGAGGAGAUGGCCCCGUGUAUAAGACGCCACCUAAAUUUUGUCAUGAUUUUUAAGGAAAAAAACCUAGUCUUAUACACAGAAAAAUACGGUAUCUUCAGCCAUCCCUGGUAAAUAUGCACAAACUUUGCUGCAUGUCAUUCCCCACCACCACCACAGUAAAGAUUCUGGGUCCACAGAUGUGAGGAAUCAUGUGACACAACUUCAUUCUUAGGAAUUGUGCAACAGCCUCUGAGCCUCUUUCUUAAUACAAAAGGGUAUCUCUAAAUUAUCAGCUCUACCUAUAGAUUCCUCCCAUGCCUCUGGGACUGAAAGAAAGGCCAGUUAGAGAACAUGGCUUGCUGGGUCUGAACCGCAGCUUUCUGAACCCUUUAUCCGCUCUUUCUAUGUGAAAAAGACCUUCCACACCAGGCAUAGGCAAACUUGGCCCUCCAGGUGUUUUGGGACCACAAUUCCCAUCAUCCCUAGCUAACAGGACCAGUGGUCAGGGAUGAUGGGAAUUGUAGUCUCAAAACAUCUGGCGGGCCACGUUUGCCUAUGCCUGUUCCACACAAACCAAAGCUGAUUUCUCAGCAGGUGGGGAAAGUUUGUGAUCUCCGAAAGGUUUGUUGCAAAGGAUCUUCUUAUACCUGCUAGGGAAAAAACCCCACCCUUUGGAGUGUGUAUCUGUGUGUGAUGAAGGUGUCCCUACACAUACGUAACCAGAAAUGUGAAAGUGCCCAAGGCAGGAAGCCAAAUGGGCCGGACUUGGGGAUUGAAACAGCCAAAUAAACACAGGCAGUUAUAAAUAGAGGGUUGCUCAUGGCUCCCUCCCAGUUAUUUUUAACCUGUCUGUGGUGGCCUUUUUGCUGUCACGGAGGUCCCUGGUGACAGAUGAGGAAAUGACCUGGGAGCUCUGGAAUACCAGCUCCUUCUUAAAGGGAAAAGGGAAGCUCUCCUUCCUUGGAGGUUGGAUGGCCAUCUGCCAUGGAUGCUUUAGCUCAGAUUCCUGGUUUGCAGCGGGCUGGACUAGAUGAGCCUUGAGGUCCCUUCCAACUCUACAAUUCUAUGAUUCUAAGUGGUGGCUCAUGGCCUGGUAUGACCACUAAAUGGCAAAGUGGACUCAGAGGCAUCUCUAGCCUUCCCAGUCUACAUGUCCACACACCACAUUUCACCUGCCUGCAUGUUAUCCCACCCCCACCCCUGCACUGUGCAUACAUAAGGAACUGAUCCAGUUUCACCAUCAUAAACAGGAUAUGGUAGCUACAUGGGGACUGAGGAGAGAUCCAGGAGAGAUCCAAUUGCAGUCUCCAGAUUCGUUUUUGUCCAUAGCUGAAGGAUAGAGAAACCAGAACACACACACACACACACACACACACACACACACACACACACACAGCAGCAGCAGCAGCUUUGCUGCUUUUCCUAAGUUGAAAGCAGUGAGCGCCUUGUUUAGAGGGACAUCAAAGAGGAAGCUGCAAAGAAAAGUCUGGUCUCAAUCCAGAUUGUGUUGGCUGUAGUGGCACAAAGAUCAAGUUUGUUCAGCUGAUAGAUCCUUUGGCUGCUGCUGACUCUGAACUUUUAUUAUCCCAAGCCAUCCUCCUUUCCCACACUCCCAUUAUUUGUCUCCCAAGACCAGCAAAGAUAGUAAUAGUAAUAAUAAUAAUAAUAAUAAUAAUAAUAAUAAUAAUUUAUUAUUUAUACCCCGCUCAUCUGGCUGGGUUUCCCCAGCCACUCUGAGUGGCUUCCAACAGAAUAUUAAAAUACAAGAACCUAUUAAACAUUAAAAGCUUCCCUAAACAGGGCUGCCUUCAGAUGUCUCCUAAAAGUCUGGUAGUUGUUUUUCUCUUUGACAUCUGGUGGGAGGGCGUUCCACAGGGCGGGUGCCACUACCGAGAAGGCCCUCUGGCUGGUUCUGAAAAAACCAACCCCACCAAAUGCUGUCAAUCUAUUGGAACCGUUCUUAUCCCUUAGUUGUGGGAAUUAUCUGUAGUCCAUGCUGGCUGGCACAGCUUGCAUGAGGUAGAGUGCUGCAGUCCUUGCUCUCCAAUGCCAUUUCUUUGCAGGGAGAGUAAAUAGGAUACAGUCUUCUGUGUCCUAUUGUGUCCUAUCUUCUUGUAGGAGAUCCACUAGCUGCCGGAGUGAACCUCCAUAAAAAGCUUCAAUCAGCAAAACGCUCAUUCUCCUAUACGUUUCCAAAGUUGCCCAGGAUUUUUAUAAUGACUUCUAUGAAAACAUUUUUCUUUGGCACCCAAUGUUCUCCUCCUUGUUGGUCCCCUCCUGGAGGCCGGUGGUGGCAGCAACUGAAUCCAGCAGUUCCAAGUCCACUCACAGAUAGUUCAAAAACUAAGGCCCAACAGGAGUCCAGGGUCAAAACACCAGGACAACACAAGAGGCCAGGCUGUAAAGGAACUCUGCUCAGGGAGCUGCUGUAAGGAACUAAGGGCUUUUACCCUUGAGGCAGUGAUGGCCAAACUUGGCCCUCCAGCUGCUUUGGGACUACAGUUCCCAUCAUCCCUGACCACUGGUCCUGUUAGCUAGGAAUGAUGGGAGUUGUAGUCCCAAAACAGCUGGAGGGCCAGGUUUGGCCAUCACUGCCUUAAGCUUUCAAAGACCCACCCUGGAGCAUAGCUGCAAGCCAUCCAGACUGACUGAGGAGUUGGUCUACUCAUGAACAAAUCUUAUUCCAGAGUCCUUGUUCCUCUGGUGGGUGCUCUGGCAUCUGUAUCUUUUAUCUCUUGGACUUGGAGGCUUCUCAGCCGCAACCUCUAAUUCUGCGCAGGAACUCUUUUGUGUCGUGAUCUCUGAAGGUCCCAAGUCCCUCUGCUCUGUCUCAUUGUCCAUUGGCAUGGCCUGCUGCUCCUUAGCAUUUUCCUUGGGGGCCCUCCAGCUCCUCUUGCAAUUGGGGGGGCGCGGGUCCUCCAGCAGGGCCAUGACACACACAGAAGAUGGGUCAGUCAGGGAUUAAGCUCUUUAGGGGUUUGGUGAAGGGAACGAUCCCCCACUUGCUUCUUGAAAGCACCCUCUGUGGCUGACUUCCCCGAGACCUGGCUUCCAACAGCAACUGAAUCUAGAAAAGUGUGGUUUUCCCCCAUUCCCUGCCCCUCAUACUUCCUCCCAGCAGAACUCCUUUUGGGCUAAUACCACACUUGCUACAGUUUUUUUUUUCUGUAGCAGCACAUUCUCAGCUGUGAGUGUGUGUGCUUGGGGGAUUGGGGUCGGUGCACCCAGGGAUUUUUUUACGCCUUUGGCACCAAGACACAGAAUGCAGUAACCAUUUCCUGUAAACUGGCUCUGCUUAAAAUGACAAGCAAAGUACAAGCAGUCACACAGUUGCAAAAUAGAGGGAAGAAUACAUAGAAACUAAGCCUUACUGGUUUCAAUAGGGUUGUUUUCAAUGUAGCACUAAAUAAGUACAGUCAUACCUCGGGUUACGAACGCUGCUGGUUGCAUGUUUUCGGAUUGCGGACCACACCGAACCCGGAAGUACCGGAACGGGUUACUUCCGGGUUUCGGCACUUGCGCAUUCGCAGAAGCACAAAAUGACAUCACAAGUGUGCGCAGAAGCGCCGAAUCGCGUCAUGCGCGUGCACAAACGUGGCACUUCAGGCUGUGAAUGCUGCAGGUUGCGAACGUGCCUCCCGCAUGGAUCACGUUCACAACCAGAGGUAUGGCUGUACAGUGGAACCUUGGUUCCCGAACAGCUUAGAUGCCGAACAAAUCGGCUCCCAGACGCUGCAAACCUGGAAGUAAUUGUUCCAGUUUACAAACAUUUUUCGGAAGCCGAACGUCCAGCGUAGCUUCCAAUUUGCUGUAGGAGCUUCCUUUGGGAAAUGGUGGGCAGCUCAGGGCCCUUCUUCACACCCAGGACUCGGCACGGCGAGGAAAGUUUAAUACCUUCAGGAUUGGGGAUUGAGGGAGAAGCAGCAUCAACCCACUGUUCAUCCUGUCUCUGCAUAACCUUCAUCAGGCAGUAGCAUCCAUGGUGACUCACUAUCUACCCUGCAGGGGAAUGAAAUGAGUGGAGAGGGUGCCAUUCUUUGACAGCCACCAGUGUUAGCUGCUAUGCUGAAGCUGGGUUCAUCACAGGGGCACCAGUUGUGCUGUUGUCCUGAUGCUAAUACCUUUAUAUUUCAUCUUGUUUCGCCCGAGGCUAUGAAAUCCUUCCUUCAUCCAUGAUGUGUUAAGCAGGGCUUGAGUGAACGGAUGUGGAAUUGUGUGCUACCCGAUCAGUUUUGUAGAAAGGAGAGCAUGUGGUUAAAAACAACAACAACCUGGAAUGGAAGGAUGGGUGGAACUAGGGUACCCAGCGUGAAAAGCUCUGCUCUUGAGCCCUUAAAUGCUUCUACAAAUUUGUUCAAAGCACGUGGUGCUGAGCUAUUUUCAUACUGCUGUGUUUACAUUCCUUCGCCCUGCCUGGCUCCCAGUUCUGCCCUGGCUGGUCAUAGGAACGUACUGAAACACCCACUCCGCUAUGAACGGCAGAAUCCUGGCUUCUAUUCUCAAUUCACAGAAUGGAGCACAGUAAGGGACAUGACUUGGGCUUGUAGAAAUACCUGUCCUUGUGCUCUGGGGGCAGAUGUGUCCCUCCCCCCCCCCCCGCAAACUUCAUUCCUUGGCUCCCCCUAUGGAAAACUGGUCACCUGAGCAAAAUGAGCGUUUCUUAUGCAAGUCCAGUUUUAUGAAGUUUACUAAUCGCAGGCCAGGAUGAUCUAGGCAGGUUUCUUCAUGUAUCAAAUUAUGUCUGUGCCAGGUCUCUGCAGAUUAUUAGGCCAUAUUUUUGUAACAAGAAAGCAUAAUGCGUAUACAGUGCCAGAUUCAGGAUUUGGGGGGGGGGGGCAGGGAGAGGCUUUAAUCUGAAAGAGAAGGAGAGUAUAGAGAAAUCUCACAUUGUUCUAAGCUGCCCUGGGUGCUUUGUGUGGAAUGAGAAGGGCAGUGCCCUUAGGGUGAUGGACCCACUGCUGGUCUUAGGUCCUCUGGCAAAUGUUAAGUUUGCUGCCAUCUGGAGCUUUGGUUAUUUGCAACUCAGUUGGUGUUGAAGGGGAGGAAGGAUGCCUGGAAGGACAAGGCAUGGGAUGUAAACGAGGAAAAGAGGUUGCUGUGUGAAGUACAGUGGUACCUCGGGUUACAGACGCUUCAGGUUACAUAUGCUUCAGGUUACAGACUCUGCUAACCCAGAAAUAGAACUUUGCUUCAGGAUAACAGAAAUCGCGUGGUGGCGGCAGCAGGAGGCCCCAUUAGCUAAAGUCGUACCUCAGGUUAAGAACAGUUUCAGGUUAAGAACAGACCUCCAGAACAAAUUAAGUUCUUAACCCGAGGUACCACUGUAGCAGCAGAGAACAAUAAGAGAAAGUCUGCAGAAGGAGUUGAAAGUUUGGGCAUUCAGAAUGUUAAGAACUGCCACAGGAAAAAUAGGAUCAAAGAAGGAGCUGGCAAGGCAGGCAAACAUCACCAGCUUCAAACAUCAAGGAAAAGGCACAGCUCUUAAUAAUGUGACAUUUGCUGUGAAGAUACAGUUUCAUGAGAUGGUAUCUGGAGAUAAAAAAGGUCCCUGGUGGUGCUCUGUUUCUAGAUUCUCAUUAACUGUUCUUAACUGUUCUGGUUUAGACUCCAGCAAGCCAGUGCUGAAGCUUUCCUGGAAGUCCUGAACGUAAAUAUAGUUUCUCUCCUGUGUUUAUUGCAUAAGAUGCAUUGCGCAAGAGAUGCCCGCCUAGUUCAAAGAGCAUUUUAUUGAACGUUACCCUGUUCCUGUUGUAUCAGAGGAGGUAAAAUUGUGUAUUAUGUUGGUCCACAACCUUCAAAACCUUUUGCAGCAUUUUCAAUUCAUACCUUUGCUCAGGACCAGAGAACCUGCAGCCCUCCAUAUAUUCUUGGACGCUUAACUCCCAUUAGCCCUCCGCCACCCAUGCAUUCUUUUGAAGCUUAGAACAGCCUUGUAAAAGAGGCACAUGGCGUGAUCCCACCCACCCCUGUGCCAUUGAAUCCACUGAUGUGUUGUCUGAAUAGGGCUUCAGUAAGAAUUCGGAACAUCUUCCCGCAUUAUGAGCUGCUUAAAUUAAAACAAGGGAAUUUUAUCAUGUUACCUGCCCUCUUCAGAACGAGAAUAAAAGAAGGACAGAGCCUGCUAAAGGGCCAAGCAGAGGACAGCAUGGCUGUGUGAGAGGGUGGGGGGAGAGAGAAAACAUGCAACAAGUUUGUUUGGCCUUGUCCAGUUAAAUGAUUUUCGGGCUCAUGUUUCUUCUAAUCUAACCCUCUUGGCUCAUAGACAAACAUAUAUCAAGUGAGAGCGAUCGGUGAAAAUAUGUGAGACAGAGUGUAAGGGGGAACAAAUUAAUCGCAGGGGUCAGCAAACUUUUUCAGCAGGGGCCGGUCCACUGUCCCUCAGACCUUGUGGGGGGCUGGACUAUAUUGGGGGGGGGGAGAACGAAUUCCUAUGCCCCACAAAUAACCCAGAGAUGCAUUUUAAAUAAAAGCACACAUUCUACUCAUGUAAAAACACGCUGAUUCCUGGACUGUCUGUGGGCUGGAUUUACUGGUAGAAGGCGAUUAAUUUGCCUACCCAUGGACUAAUGGGUGAUGUUGCCACCAAAUAUGCCCUCCCCUGCUUUCCAUAGAGACUUUCCAGCAAGGUCUCUGAUCCCAAAGGACUUCCUUCUCCCCCUCUUCCUGCCCACCAUAUUUAGGAAUGCCAAACCACUUCCAGCCCACUGGUGAUGGGGUGCUCUUCCACACAGAAGCAAUUCCUUCUACUUAGAAAACUGGCGUGCCAGGAGGACGCCUUCUCGGAUGCAUUUUCUGUUUAUAUUUUACAGACUCUCACUCGCACUCUUUUGAACUGACCUCACGAAAGCCAGUAUGGCAAAGUGCCAAAGGGAAAAGCCACAAGUCAGGAAGUACGGUUCAGAUCUCACCUCUGCUAUUUGUGGCAAUAAGCAGGUCAUUUUCCUUUUCAGCCUCGCCCUGCCCCACCCCCGAUCUGCAAUAUGGGGGAUGAUAAACCUACCUUGCCAGUUUGUUGCAGGGAUUAUAAUAAGAUACAAUAUGUGAAGCACUUGGACACGAGUGCUCUGUCAAAAGUUACAUGCCAUUGUACCAAAAUGCACAGAAUAUAUUUGUGGUAUUUUCAUGGCCACCCAAUCAACGUAGACGCACUAAUUCCUAAUGGUGUGUGCUCUGGCAUCUGCACCCAUUAUCUCAAGUACCUGUGCAAAUUAUUACAAUCAAAAUAAAUACAUGCACCCCUUAAAUAUAAGCCUCCCCACCUACGUCUCUCGUCAGCUAUAUAUUGUCUCGGCUCCAACAUCCACAGGUAAAGUUAAUCAUCUAUGGUGCAAGAAGUAGGCUGAGUUCUGUAAUCCAACGAACAGCCACCUAGUAGAAUAUCUCCCUCAUGCGGUUCCUUUGCAGAGGUUCUAAAACAGUGCUUCUCCCUUUCUUUGGACUGCAUUGUUAAGACUGCAACUCAGUGCUCGCCUUCUAAAACCCACUUUUACUUCCCCUGCCUGCAGGAUAUCCUACGAGAGGGUGAUACAGACCAUGACGGGGAGCUUAAUUUCGAGGAAUUUGCCCGCUACCUCCAGGAGCGCGAACGCAAACUGCUGCUGAUGUUUCACAGCCUGGACCGCAACCAUGAUGGUAUGAAAGCACCUCCAGCUGCUUCUGCUGCAGCCUGGAAUGAAAACUUAUUUGCUCACUUGUUCUUUUAUUUAUUUAUGGCAUGCGUACUCCCUUCUUGAGGCCAAAAGGUUCUCGGGGAGGCUUACGAAAACCAGUUUUGUAAAGAUGUUGAUACAAAUACCCUUUAGACUCCUUGUGACUUGGCUGCUUUCCCUGAAACACACUUUCACUUACUUUGUUACAUUUGCAUCCUGUGUGUUAGAAGAAAAAUACUGCUCAUGGGGUAUCUAAGAGCCCGUAUUCCUGCCAACCUAGCAGUUUGAAAGCACAUCAAAGUGCAAGUAGAUAAAUAGGUACCGCUCUGGCAGGAAGGUAAACGGCGUUUCCGUGCGCUGCUCUGGUUCGCCAGAAGCGGCUUAGUCAUGCUGGCCACAUGACUUGGAAGCUGUACGCCGGCUCCCUCGGCCAAUAAAGCGAGAUGAGCGCCGCAACCCCAGAGUCAGCCACGACUGGACCUAAUGGUCCGGGGUCCCUUUAAGAGCCCGUAUAGAGUCCUUAAGUAGGUUCUCUAUCAGUAGGAGAAAAUAACAGAGGCCAACCAGAGAAAAUUGAGAAGCAAAGCAGCUAGUAAGCCUGAUCUUUAUUAAAUUGUUGCAACAGGGUCCCUCACUCCCCCCAUGCAGGAAGGGAGGAGAGGAACCCUGAACAUUGGUGUGCAAGCUCCUAUAUAGACUUUUGAAAUUGCCUACCCUGUAGCUCAAGAUCACCCCAUAAAACAUCAUACAUGCAUCACAGAAAGAGGUGGUCCCCAGCAGAAAUUUGAGUGUGUUGCUUCUCUCCUGUCUGCCAGGAUACCUGAUAAUGCCAUAUUUGAUUGCCUUUUCUGGGUAGCCUGGCCAUUCCUUUGAGAUGGUAAAUACUUAGUUCCUGAAUCUCUUACGCAUAUUGAUAGUGUGCUCAGCUUAACAGAUACUUGUCAGACUGUAUUUACAGGGAGGUGUGAGCCCCUACAGUCCAAAGACAACUGGAAAGAUUUUCCCAUUUCCUUCCUCCUUGCAGAGAAAUAUUUGAGGCCAAUUUGGGAGAGUCAAAAUGGCUUCAGGAUUGUUCUCCUGUACUAUUUCAGACAAAUGGUUUAUAUACUUAGAUAUGUGUUUGCCUUGUACAUUUCUGAAUGACCUUAGAAUUCCUAUAACGUGUUUCCUCUGAGAAGCACAAGGUGGCAUGCAUAGAACUCCCCUUCCCCAGUUUCUCCUCACAAGAACUCUGUGAGGUAGGCUAUCCUCAGCGAUGGUAACUGGCCCAAGUUGACCCUUGUUUGCUUCACGGCUGAGUACAGAAUUGAGCACUCCUUCAGACUGUUGUUUUUUGCAGGUAUAAUCCACAGCAUGCCAUUGAUGCACUGGAUUAGCAGUAGAUUGACUCUGAACCAUUCACCUAUAAUUUCACUUUGUGGGAUGUUCUGCAAUGUCCCCCCAGCGUUACUGCUUUAUUGCUGUCCGGAGGGACACUCUUGAGCUAUGCGGCAAGAGAAGCGGAACGAAACACAUUUUUGGUAUAAAAAGCUACAGGCUUUCAGCAGGAAUAAUCUGUAAUUUCAAUAAUUUUUAUUAUUUAUACUCCGCCCAUUUGGCUGGGUUGCCCCGGCCACUCUGGGUGGCUAGGAUGUUAUGACAGGAAAUGAAGCGGUAUGGUCACCGUGAAACCUUUGCAGGUACAAAGAGUAUUGAAAGUGGAAUUGCAUGUAAUUGCCCUGUUACCAUCCUGAGCACAAUACAUUAUGAGUGCACAAAGGAAAGGCUGGUCCUAAUCUGACACUCUAGUCCAGGGGUAGGCAACCUAAGGCCCAGGGGCCGGAUGCGGCCCAAUCACCUUCUCAAUCCAGCCCGCGGACGGUUCAGGAAUCAGCUUGUUUUUACAAGAUUAGAAUGUGUGCUUUUAUUUAAAAUGCAUCUCUGGGUUAUUUGUGGGGCAUAGGAAUUUGUUCAUUUCCCCCCACCCCAAGAUAUAUAGUCUGGCCCACCACAUGGUCUGAGGGACAGUGGACUGGCCCAUGGCUAAAAAAGGUUGCUGACUCCUGCUGUAGUCUAACCCCUACACCACAGUGGUUGUCCUAACUAAAUCUACAAUCAUGCAAACCCUGCCCUUUCCCACCCCUUCCUGUUUCUCCCACAACAGACUGGGUAGACCCCUCCCUGGCUACCUCCCCCCCCUCUUUUUUAAUAAUAAAUGAGGUUCUGAUUUACUUUAAUGAAAAAUAAAGAAAUCAAAUGCCAGGAACUCAUCAGUUAAGUGUAACCAUGUUUUAAAUUGUGGCAAAUUCUCUCUGGCUGAUGAUAGUUGAAAGUAAAAUAUUUUAGAAUUGAAUCCUGCCAUCCACAAGGCUAUACCAGUCACGGGGAGGUUCAUGACUAUUCUUCCCCUCCCCCUGGGCCCCCCACCCCAAUCCUGGAACAAGAAGACCUAACUGCAAAGCUUCCUAUUUCCUUUUAGCCUAUCAUCAGCUUAACUCAGUUUGCACAAGCUUCCCCACCCCAACUCCAGAUAGUGUGCCUUAAAAUGUGGGCCAUGCUGUGCAUUCCUUGCAGGGACCAGUUAAGAAACGCAGAUCGAAUAAUGACCUAUAACUUCCUCCAUUUGGGACUCACUUGUGCUAGCUGCAUGUCAGAAAAGAUGGAGGCGCAGGGAUAAAGAGCGUAGGAAUUUAUGUUCCGUGAGGCUGAAGAGAGCCGGGAAGUGCCUGUUCUGUUCCGCAGCCUUGAAUAAAGGACGUCUGUUUGACGGCUCCAAGACAAAACCCAGGCAUGGCUGGCCUCCCUCCUUGGCAGUCUCUGCCCCAAGGAGUGGGUGGCCUUGCCUCCUGAAGCUCUUUCCAAUUCCUACCAGAUGACUGUAAAUGAUAGAUGCAUGAGACGCACCCGAAUGCCAGACUCUGCACGGGUGCCUUUUCCUCCCAUUCUGGCCUAGUCAGAGCGAACUCCCAGGCCUGUGUCUUAUACUCUGAGGCAUGGCGCAUGAUCCUUGUGGAAGCCAGGAGAGGGGUACCUUCUUCACGUUCCCUUCAGGGCACCAAAUCCCUGUGGUGGGAAGGACCAGAGCCAAAAAUAGGCAAAGCCCGAAAUGUCAAUUUACCUUUGUACCAGGUGGCUGGUUUUCACACGCUCCUCAAGUGGGGCCCUGGACAUUUUGCCACUAGAGGCAAACCAGAAAAUGGGGGGGGACUGUGUGCCAGUCAUGUACCCGCUCUUAUGCCCCUGCCCCCCCACCAUGUGGCAGUGGGCAGAGGAGGAGGGGGCCGACAAGCGCAGAAGGCAGAUCUGCCACUUCUCCCAGUUUUCUGGAGCCUGCUGCCCUGAAGCAACUGCCUCACCUUGCCUCAUGGCUGGGCCGGCCCUGUCCUCAAGCAAGAGGCAUUGUCAGAGUUCAAGGACACAUUUUAACCGGGCAAAAGCACUCAAGGAGGGUGCAAAGCAGGGAUGCUGAGGCACGUGACCUGGGAAGACGGGGUGUGUGAGGGAGGAAAAGUCCUGAGGGGGUGGCUAGAGAGGCUCUCAUCUGGCCCCUUCAGGCCCAAGGUUGCCAUCAUUAGUGGAGGUUCCAAAGGGACUGAUCCAGCUUGGGGACUGGUUGGUUUAGCAAGUCAUCUUAGAGCUGGCUCAUAUCUGGCCCUGGAAUCAAAGUCCUCUGUAUCGUGGGGGCAUGACAGCAAGCCCUGAAUUGUCCACAUUCUUCCUGCCCCCACCCUCCACAAAUAGGGCAGAGGGAUACAAAGGCCUCAGUCAUACACCUGGAGACUUUGUGUGCCUCAACAGCAUUUCCUGUGGAAGAUAGAGCAGGUGGAAGGUGGAUCACAUGAGUGAAGCUAAUAUUUGUACAGUGAGUUUUUCGUGUGUUCACCUUGCACUGUGAGGGUGGUUUAUGAUCUUAAGCUUUGAGUUGCUCCCAGACUUGGCCAAGCAAGGAACCUACACAUGGAGAGAGAGAGAGAGAGAGAGAGAGAGAGAGAGAGAGUGCGCACGCGUGCGCCAAGUCUUUGAGUAUCUGACCCUCUGGCUGAGUCUGCUUCUGCUUCAUAUUACAGCCGCCAUGUGAAGGCCGCAUUCAAUGGCUGUAUGCAGUACACAGAGUGGACAUCCACUUGGAUUGAUUCCCACUUCUCCAUGGGAUAAGACCCCCUCCAUAUACAGGAUGACCACCACACGGGGACAGAAAAUGCCCUUGACAAUGUGUCAAGUGAUGCUUGAGGAGAUGAGAGAAGGGCUCUUUGUUGCAACAGGAAUGAGGGUCACACUCUUCACAAUCCACAACGGACUGGCAAUGACCUUUUUUAUGAAGUGGAAAUUGCCAUGGGGCCAUGGGGAAUAUAUGUGUUCCUACUACUUUGGGGUCUUCCUUCUUAGCCUUUCCUCCCCCCCCCCUUUCCUCUGAUUAUGAUUUCAUGUACAGUGGUAUCUCGGGUUAAGUACUUAAUUCGUUCUGGAGGUCCGUUCUUAACCUGAAACUGUUCUUAACCUGUGGUACCACUUUAGCUAAAGGGGCCUCCUGCUGCCGCCGUGCCACCAGAGCAUGAUUUCUGUUCUCAUCCUGAAGCAAAGUUCUUAACCCAAGGUACUAUUUCUGGGUUAGUGGAGUCUGUAACCUGAAGCGUAUGUAACCCAAGGUACCACUGUAAAGUUUUACAGCUUGGGUUCACAGCUAUACAGUAGUAAACCAGUCUUGCCUUUUGAAAGGCAGACAUUAUGCAGGCGAAGCUUUCACAGGCGCUGAGGGGCAAAGCUCGCUGUUAAAAGGCAGGGGAGGAGAGGCAACGUGAAAAACCACCACUGGCGAUCCUGCUGCUUCUGAAUCAGAGCCCCAUUAGAGCACAGGGUAGACUUGAAAAGUGGGCUGUUAAACGUACCAGAUGGCGGGUGAAUGUUUGGGACAAAGCCGAAAGCUUGGAGAGAGCACAGACCACGAAGUCAGUGAGUGCUGCAAGCCCUAGUGGCGUCCGACAAAAAUCUGGAAUGCACCGGGCUGCUUUUGCCAAGUCUCUCCUUCCCGCAUCUAGUACAAUCAGUUCAAAAACUAUUCCGUUUCUUCCAAAACAUGUCUGAAGGGGGCUUGUUUCAACAAGAUGACCACCUGCAUCUCCUGUCUGGCGAGUCUUCCUGCCUAGCCAGAAUUCCGGGGAGAGGGCCAGAAGCCAUAAAUGGGCAGUUCUGUCUACUUGGAGAUAGAAAAAGCCCCCAGGCCCGUGUAGUGAAGCAUCCUGUAUCACAGUGGCCAACCAGAUGCCUAAGGGAUGCCUAAGGCAUCAGAUGCCUAAGGCAGCAGCCAUUCCCCAUUUGUGAUUCUUGACAACUGGUAUACAAUACAGCCACAGAGGUUCCGAGCCACUGAUAGCCUUGUUCUCCAUUAAUCUGUCUGUUCCUUUAAAAAAACCAAAAACACAGGUUUAAAGACUCAUAGGAGAUGGGGGUGGGGAGAGGCACAGCUCAAAAGACUUAUUGAAACAACCCUUUGUCCCAUUAUUAAAUAAAUCAUAAGCCCAUCUGAUCCCACCUGUCCUGCUGUGACCUUGCAACUCUUGGCUGACUCUGCAACAUGCAGUAGACAUCUGUAAUAUUGCCCCAAAGGGAAAGAAUAAGAAGAAAGGCACCAGAAUGGAAAAAAGGAGGGGGAGAACAAGAGCACAGAGAACAACUGACUGUUCCUUUAAAUAUACAAAAAAGUUGUCCACUACUCGUGGGGUCACUCAUCAGACUCUCAGACCCUCCAAGUGUCCUUGUUUUCCAGGGAUGUCCCUGACUGAGUGAAGCUGUUCUGGUUUCUGAUUUGAUACCAGAAUAUCCCACUUUUCCUUGUUGUUUAGUCGUUUAGUCGUGUCCAACUCUUCAUGACCCCAUGGACCAGAGCACGCCAGGCACUCCUGUCUUCCACUGCCUCCCACAGUUUGGUCAAACUCAUGCUGGUAGCUUCGAGAACACUAUCCAACCAUCUCGUCCUCUGUCGUCCCCUUCUCCUUGUGCCCUCCAUCUUUCCCAACAUCAGGGUCUUUUCCAGGGAGUCUUCUCUUCUCCUGAGGUGGCCAAAGUCUUGGAGCCUCAGCUUCAGGAUCUGUCCUUCCAGUGAGCACUCGGGGCUGAUUUCCCUCAGAAUUGAUAGGUUUGAUCUUGCAGUCCAUGGGACUCUCAAGAGUCUCCUCCAGCACCAUAAUUCAAAAGCAUAAAUUAUUUGGCAAUCAGCCUUCUUUAUGGUCCAGCUCUCACUUCCAUACAUCACUACUGGGAAAACCAUAGCACUUUCCCUUAGGAUGUCCCUAUUUUCACUGGAGAAAUGUCGGAGGGUAUGGAGUUAUUCAACCCCCAAGCCGUCAGAAGGCAAUCCUGUACAAGGAAGUUUUUUUUAAUGUUUAAUUAUGUUUUUAUAGAUGUUGGAAGCUUCCCAGAGUGGCUGGGGCAACCCAGUAAGAUAUGUGGGGUAUAAAAUAGUAAAAAUAUCAUUAUGGAAUGGGACGUCCCUAUUUUCAUCAGAGAAAUGUUGGAGGGUAUGGACUCUGUGCACACACAAUACCAGAGUCAGCUUGUUGAUUUAAAGAAAGUCGGAAGUGGUUGGGUAAAGUUUUGCUUCCCUCUUUCAAACUGCCUUCAACUGAAGAAACUAUGGUCAGCCUCCAACCUAAACUAACAACCAUAAUGUGGAUAAUGAUCUUGUUUUGUUUCCGGGAGAUGUUUUGAUUUUGGCCCAAAUCCAAAUGGAGGCUAUUAAAGAUCCAUUAGCCAGCAGUCAUUCAACAGUACCCUGCAGUAGUUUCAGGAUUUCUCAUUGCCCCGUGCCCUUUGUGGUUAUCCAGUGUACCUUUUACACUGUGUGUGUAUACAUUUGUGUGGAGGCAACUGUAGGCUGAUAAUUGCUAGAGAAGGCACAUCUCUCUUAAGCUAGGUUCCAAAAAUAUGUGUGCUGCUGCUUGUUGGACUUAACAAUAUGCAGAAACAAAAAUUAGAAUAAUCCAGUGGAUUUGGAUGCAGCCUAGGCAGCCAUUUUCCCUGCCUUUAAAGCUUUGAGCCUAGACAACGGCAAUAAGGUUAUUCAGGGCUGCCCUAGAUGACUGUUCAGAAACUUCAACCACUGUAAAACACCCUGGAUGUUCUCCAAAGCCUGAACCUGAGCAUCUUCCAGAACACUGGCACACACUUUUAUUAGGACUCAAAAGUUUAAACAAUUAGUCAGUUAACCUAACUGGGCUAAAAUGUAGGUGACUAAAAAGAUUCCUCUGAUUAAUUAGGAAGCAGCCUUUAUGUUGUUUUUGUCAGAUUUAUUAUAUGUCCUUCAUAUGAAAGUCCCAUAUAUUAUUGUCUAAAGCCAACCACAAAUGCAAAGCCAUUAAUGCAAAACCAAUAACACAUUAAUUAGCAAUUUUCAGGUAGAUAGGGGGAAAUACUUGAUUCCUUGGGAUAGCUCUGUUGAUAGAGGAUGAAACUCUUAAUCUCAGGGUUGUUGUGGGUUACAGCCCCACGCUGGGCAAAAAAUUAUUGCAUUUCAGAAGGUUUGACUAGAUGACUCUUGUGGUCCCUUCCAACUCUACAAUUCUAUGAACUCUAUGAUUCUAUGAUCCUCUAUUUUCCAGAGUUUAGGAAAUCACUUAGUGAAAUACUGAGCUUUUUGGACAGAACUGAUACAGUUCUGCACUCUAAUGGAGGGCCAAAAGAACUCUUAUAAAUUCAGUCCGACAAAUCCCUGUUGUGCUUGUUUUAGACAAUGUCCACCUGCAUUUAGUAAAACAGCGGUGUCUUACAAAUAGUAUGUUUUUCUGUAGCUUAAGGUCAGGCUUUUAAUAUGCUAUAUUGCAGAAGAUCUAAAUCCACAUUCUGCCAGAGAGGCACUGCUUGCCAAGAUAUACACAGGGCAUGCGUUUAUUUUGUCCUCUGCUCACCUCUGGCCAAACAGGCUUUGCAGGUUUUGAAACUAUACAGAACCUAUUCAACAAGGGCAAAAGUAGAAUCAGUGAGCAGCGCUUUCUCUUUCUAGGAGCAAGCACAUUUCAGAGGCUGAAAGCAUGCAAGGAAGGGACACUUAGCAAUGCAGCGCCUCUUUAAUACUCAGAAUGCAAAUAAUACAUUUUGUGCUACCAAAGUUCUGAUACACUAUUCUUUCCAAUCUCUUGGGCAAAUGUGAUCAUUCUUGAUGAAAUUGUUAAAUGACCUCUCUCUUGUGCAGGAACAGCCAGCUUUUCCAUUUCAGUCACACACUGUGCUUUCUUCAAGCAUUUGGAAACCUCGGGGAGCGCUUCAUUUUGUUGUAUCUUACUAAAGCAACAUACCUCUCUUUUAUUCGGAGCUUAAUCUCUCAGUUUCUUUUUAAUCUGGACCCCAGGGGCCAAGUGAAGUCUUUUUCUUAUCCGCCCCCCUUUAAAUAGGCCUCCUUUGGGAUAUGCUGUGCAUUCCUGCCUCAAGCUUUGCCUCUGUCGUACUGACUGCAGCAAACCAAUAGGGAAUUUUGGCAAACCAAACAUAGCCUUUGGGGAAAAUGGGAAGCAGAGAGACUGAAAUCGACAGACUCUGACUUACAGUACUUGUUGGCAGCAUCAGUUAGUUUGAACUUAAUCAGGAUUUCCUGGUGAGGAAGUUUCCUACCCUGUGCUUUCCUAGCAAAAUGAAUGCUCCUGCUUCUUCUAUAUCUCCAGGUAGAAUAAAGUUAAUUGUGAAGCUGUAUACAUACAGGGACAGCUGUAUAAUAAACACAGCUGCGGGCAUUAAUAGUGUUCUGUACCUGCAGAAAGUUCCUGGUUUUGCUUGCAUCCGAAGCAGGGAUGGGGAGCCUACAGUCCUCCAGCUGGUGUUAGACUCAUACUCCCAUCAGCCGCAGCCACUACAGCCAGUUGUCAGGGAUGAUGGGAGUUGCAGUCCAACUUUAUAGGGAGGGCUACCUGAAAGACCUACAUUGGCUCCCUGUACGUUUCCAAGCACAAUUCAAAGUGUUGGUACUGACCUUUAAAGCCCUAAACGGCCUCAACCCAGUAUACCCAAAGGAGUGUCUCCACCCCCACCAUUCAGCCCGGACACUGAGGUCCAGCGCCGAGGGCCUUCUGGCGGUUCACUCACUGUGAGAAGUGAGGUUACAGGGAGCCAGGCAGAGGACCUUCUUGGUAGUGGCACCCACCCUGUGGAACACCUUCCCAUCAGAUGUCAAAGAGAUCAAUAACUCCAGUGGUACCUCUGGAUGCGAACAGGAUCCGUUCCGGAGCCCCAUUCGCAUCCAGAACAAAUGCAACCCGUGUCCGCGGGCCGCAAUUCGCCACUUCUGCGCAUGCGUGUGACGUCAUUUUGACCGUCUGCACAUGCGUGAGCGGCAAAACCCGGAAGUAACACCCUCUGUUACUUCCAGGUCGCCACAGCGCGCAACCCGGAAAUACUUAUCCCGAAGCUGCUUCAACCCGAGGUAUGACUGUAUCUGACUUUUAGAAGACAUCUGAAAGCAGCCCUAUUUAGGGAAGUUUUUAAAGUUUGAUGUUUUAUCUUGUUUUUAAUACUCUCUUGGGAGCCGCCCGGAGUGACUGGGGAUACCCAGCCAGAUGGGUGGGGUAAUAAUAAUAAUAAUAAUAAUAAUAAUAAUGUAUCAUCAUCAUCGGUAAACGGCGUUUCCGUGUGCUGCUCUGGUUCGCCAGAGGUGGCUUAGUCAUGCUGGCCACAUGACCCGGAAGCUGUACGCUGGCCAAUAAAGCGAGAUGAGCACCGCAACCCCAGAGUCGGUCACGACUGGACCUAAUGGUCAGGGGUCCCUUUACCUUUAUCAUCACCAUCAUCAUCAUCAGCUUUCUUCAUUGCCUGGUACCCUCUUCUGACUAUGCUUACUGCUUCAUGUCCCCACGUUAGCAAUAGUCCUCUCCAGUGUGUGCGCACACAACAGCAUCUCUGAGAUGUAAAUAUUGGGGAGUUCUUCCUUCCUGUAGGAGGCUUCCUUCUUUCUCCUCUGGUGAUGGCACCCCCCUCUGUAGCCCUCUCUGUCUCUCUUCCAUUUAGGACGUCGGCAGGGGGCUCAGUGUGGGAAUCCUGAAGGCUGGUAUGGCUGCUUGUAUGGUGUCUCCCUCCCCACCGUGACAGCAUGCACCCCUGGUCCAGCAACGAAAUUGCUACCCCUUCACCCUCCCACUUCCACCCUUUCAAGAAGUCCCUCAAAACCCACUGGGUCCUUUUGCCCGUCUGCAGGUCUGCAGCCCAGGAAGCUGUGGGCACAUCUCACUUCCUCCCAUUGGGGGACCCUGUAGAACCCUCUUGGUUCCCCAGCUUCUCCUAACCCAUCAGUAGCUUAAGAUGCACCCUGGCUCCUCCAGACAGAUGGAUCCUCUUUUCUUCUCUUCUUGUGCUGCAGGCCACAUUGACGUGUCUGAGAUCCAGCAAACCUUCCACAGCCUUGGCGUUUACAUCUCCCUGCAGCAAGCGGAGAAAAUUUUGCACAGGUGAGGCUGUCACUACGCUUGCUUUGAACUCCCACCUCCCUGACCCCCCCCCCCCCCGUCUCAGUGUGCCCUAGCCCACACUGGCUCCCCCCCUUCAGACUCACUCUACUCUGUUUUGUGUGUGUUGCAGCAUAGACAAGGAUGGCACCAUGACCAUUGACUGGCAUGAGUGGCGAGACCACUUCCUCCUCAACCCGUUGGAGAACAUGGAGGAGAUCGUAUACUACUGGAAGCACUCAACGGUAAACCAGUUUCCUCGUCCUCUCCAGAUCUGAGGUUGUUCUGUUCUCCACUCUGAUUCCUUGAUUCUCAACAUGGAAAAAAUAGGGUUAUAUGAAUGGAGAUUGCAAGAAUGGAGAUAGAUAGAUAGAUGAUAGAUUAGAUAGAUAGAUGAUAGAUGAUAGAUAUAGAUAUAGAUAUAGAUAUAGAUAUAGAUAUAGAUGAUAGAUAGAUGAUAGAUAGAUAGAGAUAGAUAGAUAGAUAGAUAGAUAGAUAGAUAGAUAGAUAUGUUGUUGUUUGUUUGUUUGUUUGUUUGUUUGUUUGUUUGAUCGUCUUAGUUGUGUUCGACUCUCCGUGACCCCAUGAACCAGAGCAUGCCUUGGAAACUCUCACUUUCUUCUCAAAGCUCCGAGGGCUUUCUGGCGGUUCCCUCACUGCGAGAAGCCAAGUUACAGGGAACCAGGCAGGGGGCCUUCUCGGUAGUGGCACCCACCCUGUGGAACGCCCUCCCAUCAGAUGUCAAGGAAAUAAACAACUAUCUGACUUUUAGAAGACAUCUGAAGGCAACCCUAUUUAGGAAGUUUUUAAUGUCUGGUGUUUUAUCAUGUUUUUAAUAUUCUGUUAGGAGUCGCACAUUGUGCCUGGAAACCCCGCCAGAUGGGCGAGGUAUAAAUAAUAAAUUAGUAGUAGUAGUAGCAGUAGUAGUAUGCUUAGGGUUGCCCGGAACAGUGCCUUUCAGUCAUCAAAUGCCUGGAGUCAGCAGGAAUGUUUUAAAAUAUCUCCUGAAAGCCAGUAAUGAGGGAGAUAGAUGCACCUCCCUAGCGAAAGCAUUCCAUAAAUGGAAAGCACUGUUUUAGGUACCUGGGUCUUAAGCCAUUUAGGCCUUCAUGUGAAUUUGGACUGGUAGUUCACUGGCAGCCAGUGCAGCACUUUCAGGAUCUGUUGCGCAGGGUCCCAUCCGGCAUUCUGCACCACCUGCAGCCCCCAGCCCAGGGGUCCGCACCCGUGUGCAGGAGGGGGCCGGUCCACUGUCCCUCAGACCUUGUGGGGAGCCGGACCCACCGCCUCCUGAAAGUACCCCCCCUCCUGAAAGGCCCCCUCCCUGCCUAUGCCACUCAUGCCACCACUGCCGCCAUUGCUGCUGCUGCCUUGUCUUCGGCAGCAUCGGCGUCCUCUGUCUCGGCGGGGCACAGAGCCCAUGCCACUGGCUUGGGUGGCGAAGGCAGCCUCCAUACCGCUGCUGCUUUCUUCCCCCUCGGCCGCUUCCUCCCGCUUGGCCACCUUAGCGGGAAGGAAGGGGCAGCACCCAAAUGCCACUGGCGUGGGCAGCCUCCACACCGCCGCUGCUUUCUCCUGCUCGGCCACCUCCUGCAGCCAAUCAGAAGCCAUGCUGCGUCGCUGAAGUCAGUCUCUGUGUAGCAAGGCCUCUGUGCCACGCCUGUUUAGCGCGGGGACUAACCGAGCUGGCGGUAGGGUUCGCAAGGUUCACGGGCCAGAUUAAUGAGCCUGGUGGGCUGUAUCCAGCCCGCGGGCCUUAGUUUGAUGACCGCUGCUGCAGACCAUCUUUGAGGUAGUCCUACACACAGCACAUUGUUGUUGUUUAGUAGUUUAGUCAUGUCCGACUCUUCGUGACCCCAUGGACCAGAGCAUGCCAGGCACUCCUGUCUUCCACUGCCUCCCGCAGUUCACACAGCACAUUACCAUAGUCCAUGUGGGAGCAUAUCAGAGCAUGGACAAGGGAGGCCGGACUAUCCUGGUCUAGGAAUAGCCGUAGCUGGCAAAGCAUUCCUAAGCUAGCUAGGCAUAAGCACUCCUAGCUGCAGAAGCUACUUGAGACUCUGCUGACCUAUCAGAAUCCUGAAGUACUGGAGUACUGCCAGAGUAUCAAUCUGUUACUUUAGGGUCAUCCUCGCUGGAAGCAAAUACCAGGCUUGUACUGUCUGUCUUGUACUUCGUGCUUUUCCAUGCUCAACACCAGUGAAUAAAAACACCUCAUUAAAAUGCAGCAAACCUGUAGGAAACCAUCCCCACAAGAAAGUUGCCAUUGGAAAAAGGCUGCUCCUGGAAUCACCUGCCCCUCAAGGAAGCAGGGAGUGUGAAGCAUAGCCAGGAAGCCAAGGAUCUCCAGGGAACAGCAAGGAAGCUUCCUGUGAUGUCCCCCAUCUCCCUUUCCACUCUUCCUGAACUCUACAGGAGGCGGGAGGAAAUAGGAAGGGAAAUAGUUCAGAUCUCUGGACUGGGUGCUGGCCAACGCCCUCUUUCUUCACUGUCCUGUUCCAGCCACGCUAAUCUCAUCAGCCGAUCGGAACAGGGAAGAUUAAAGUUUAUAUUUAAACACAAUGUGUGUCUCUCCCUCCCGGUUUGCCAGACUUUGCCCAUAGUGUCAGCUGGAAGGCCAGGGGAGACAGGGGCUUGGUCACUUUCAAGGCCCUCUAGGCACAACCCUCACCUUAAACUCUUUGCUCUCCAACAUGCCCUGUUGAACUCAGAUCUGACUAUUUCACCAGCAUCCCUUUCUCCCCUGCUGCACUUUGAGAGAGAGAUAAGAGAUGGCGGCCGAUGGAACUCUAGGUGUUGAGUGCCCGACACUGAGAGAGGACCGGGGAGCCUAUGGGUGGAAUGGGUCAGAGGCCAAGAGCCCAGGCCGUCCUGCCACCAUCUGGGAAGAAGAUCUCUUGCCCAUGAUCCCUUUAGAUGAGCGGGAACUGUGCAAGAACUCAGCAGCCCUGUGCAGCUUCCAUUCACUUCAAUAUGGUGCAUGUCGGAAUAUUUCCCGAUGAUUAUGCACCAGGCUCCUGGGUGGGGUCUGUGUGUGCUCUUGGGCCUUUCUGCCUUAGGCCCCAAAACGUCUCGGGUCAGCCCAGAGGAACCAACUCCUAGGGGAUGAGGUCCUUUCAGCCCCCAAAAAUAUUUGAGGGACCCGGGCCUCCCAAAGUCGGAGAGCAUUGCCAUUCAAAUGGUGUCAUAGCUGUCAACGUUUCCCUUUUUUUAAGGGAAAUUCCCUUAUUCCGAAUAGGAUUCCUCGCAAGAAAAGGGAAAAGCUGACAGCUAUGAAUGGUGUGUGUGAGCCAUAUCUUGUAAUUGAUUAUGCAAGGUGGAGCUUACCUGCCCCCCCCAUUUUUUUUAUUCAAGUUGCACCCCUGAGCCAACCCUUCCUCUGAGUUCCAUUUCUUUCUGACUCCCCUCUUGACAUUGGGGGCCAGCCCCCUUCCCUGCUCUGCGUGUCUGUAAUCCGUAGGUGCCGAUGGGAUUGGCUCUCGCACCCAAGCCCCUCCCCCUGAUUAUCCCUCCAAUCCCAUUAGGAGAUUGCAGGAGGGUUUAUCGUGUGCCCUCCUUGUGGUGCCCUGCACUUUCCUGUGCGUUCCCGGCAUGGAAGACCUGUCUCCCGUCAGGAAGGGCCCCGAUGGCCAGAGCACCUCGGGGAUCCAUGGGAACUCAAGGCUGCUGUCCCUGGCUGAGCUGUGGGAAAGUGACUACAGGCGCCCCAAAGGCUUCGAGUCCAUCCUGGGGGAGCAUGAGAUGGUAGGGCUACGUCUCCGUGGCUGGGGCUUUCUUUUCUCCCCCUCCUAACCCACAGACUGCCUUGAGGUCCCAAGGCAUCUCUCCAGAAUCCCUGGCUGGCAUUCCACUAUGUUUUACUCAAAGUAGACCCAUUGGCAUUAAUGAAUGUGACUAAAUUGGAUCCAUUGAUUUCAACAGGUCUACUCUAUUGGAUCCAGGCUCCUGUUUCUUCCCCACCCCCUUUUACCUCUCUAAGCCAGUAUGCUCAAUUUCCAUUGCGUUGCUCAGGACCAAACCAGGUGUUGCCUUGUUUCCUUGCUUCCUGUGGCAGCUGUGGGCAGGCGCUUGUGGUGGCGAUAGGUAGCAUGGUGACCUCUGGGUGAUGUUGGCCUCCCACUCCUGCCAGCCCCAGUUAACACGGACGGUCAGCGGUCAAGGAUGAUGGGAGACGGUGUGAUAGGAAUUUUAUGGUCUUAGACAUAUGUUAAAUGUUCAUAAGUGUACCAACCAAGCACAUACAUAGAUCAGCACAGGAAGACCGACCUGGAACCAUUUUGAUUCCCAAACUGUCCCAAACUGACCAAAUGUUUUCUCUGCAAGGUCAAAGGAAAAUGGAAAAGCCUCCCCAUUGUCUUUUCCUUCACAAAUCCUGUCUUAAGGGUAUGUCUGUGUUUGAAUAGGGUGUGAACCAGUGACAUGGCCCAGGAACUAAGUAUUUAUCAUUACAAAAGACUAGCCAGGCUACCCAGGAAAUCCAAUCAAGUAACCUGCCAGACAGGAGAUAAACAAAGACAGGAGAAAAACAACAUUCAAAUGUUCUGUUUUAGACCACCUUUUUUGUGAUGUAGGUGUGAUGUAUCUGAGGGUGGUCUUAGGUUACACCCUUCUGUGAUGUAUGUAUGAUGUUUCUGGGGUGGUCUUGAUCUACAGGGUGGCAAUUUCAAAAGUCUUUAUAAGGCCUUGCGCGCCAUUUUUCUAGGUCCCUCCUUUCUCUUGCGGGUGAUGGGAGCACCCUGUUGCAACAGAUCAAUAAAGAUCAAGCUUACUAGCUGCUCUGCUUCUCAGUAUUCUCUGGUUGGCCUUUGUUAUUCUCUCCUACCAAUAGGGAACCUAUGUAAGGACUCUAUAUGGGCUCUUGGAUACCCCAUAAGGAAAAAGGCAAUUUUGUUUACAACAGACCUGGGCUACCCCUGCUGCACAGAACCCAUCGCUCAGUGAAGAAUGAGGCUUGUGGUGCACUGCUUUUGUAGGAAACAAUAACGCUCGAGGGUGUGUCUCGACCCGUUCAGUUCAACAGGUCUUCCCCACUGUCACUGAAAAGAGCACAGGGGAAGCUGUUGCCCAUCAGAACCUAUUCCGUUCUUCUGUCCCCAACAAGCACAGUGCUAUCAGGUUUCUCUGUGUAAAACUUUCCUGCAAUUAGUUUGGACGGAUUUGUGUGUUAAAUCUGUGUCCUAUCCUACCCCACACCCCACUCCCAGAGAGCUCACAGCAGCAUGUAUGCCUCUUUCCCCCACAUCUGCUUUAUCCCCACAACUCGGUGAGUUAGGUUAGGGUGAGAUGUCCCAGCUACCCUACAGUCAUGCAGUGAGCUUUGUGGUUGUGUGAAGAUUUGAGCCUCGGUCUCCCUGGUUCCUAGACAAACGCUCUAGACAACGCUAGCUAAAAUAUUUCCUUGUGUCCUAUAACCCAGCCACAGCAUUGCUUGCCUUAUUUCACUCUCGGCAAAAUAUUAUUUCUUUAGUAAUAAUAAUAAUAAAUGCACAAAUUUGCCAUCUCACUAUAGAAGUGUCACGCUUUCCCAGGGCCAGAUUUAGGUUUGAUGAGGCCCCAAGCUACUGAAGGUAAUGGGACCCUUUAUAUGUCCACCUGUCCUUUGCCAACAACAAAUUGUCGCUAUAUUUUUGUGUUGAAUAUAUGCUAUAUGGUAAUUUAUGGACCUAAUAGGUAUCUAAAGUCACUUGCACAUAACAAAUAGGAGUCUACACAACACAAAAUACAGUUAUUGUAUGUGGGUUUUAUUUUAUUUCUUUUUUAUCUUAUAUUUUGGAAAUGUACAUCCAGGUGUUUCUUUUCCUUUAAAUUUUUUUGGGGGGGGGCCCAAGAGAGUGGGGCCCUAAGCUAUAGCUUGUUUAGCUUAUACGUAAAUCCGGCACUGCUCUUUCCUUUUGAGAACGUUGUGUAUGUACGUGUUGUGUUGCUUCUGCUGAUAUUGCACAGACUCGUUUACCCCACAUCUCUAUAAUAAUCACUUCAUAUUCAUAUAUAUAUAUAUAUAUAUAUAUAUAUAUAUAUAUAUAUAUAUGAAUGAAUAUUAUAUCUAUUUAAACCUAUCAUCCUGAGAAGAGGGAGAAUGUAUGUAAAAGAAGCUGUAACUGCCGGUGUGUAUUAAUGCAAGCAUAGCGAAGAUGUGGGUUCUCUCUAGCCCAAACAGCCCAGAGAAUAUUUACCAAAGUGAGGAGAUCCAAGGACAUUGGUGCUCUGACGACAUUAAUAUCAGCCGUGCCUUUUGCCGCUACAAUAAGCUCUCUGAAAACUGAUCUUUUUGCAUGUGUCUGAUCUUCUGCUUAGUCUUAUUAAAUCAUGUGAGUCCUUGAGCUCAGGAAUGUUUUCAGUAUUAAACUCCUGCUGCCCUUGAACAGGAUCUGCUGCAGGUCAUUAACUGGUUGGUGCAGCAAAGGCUUCUGUGAUCUACUGUGAUUUAAACUCCCUGCUAUGGCAUGGGCUGUGGCAGGUCCAUUGGCAGAAUUCUUGGAAGGGGGGCAGGGAAAUGUUCCACUGCAGCUGCAUGGAAUAGGAGAGCAUUAUAAGUCAAUCCAAACGAGCAAAAGCCUAAAUAUAAGGUUGAAUAUGUUUGUAGAAUCAUAGAAUCAUAGAAUCAUAGAGUUGGAAGAGACCACAAGGGCCAUCGAGUCCAACCCCCUGCCAAGCAGGAAACACCACCAGAGCACUCCUGACAUAUGGUUGUCAAGCCUCUGCUUAAAGACCUCCAAAGAAGGAGACUCCACCACACUCCUUGGCAGCAAAUUCCACUGUCGAACAGCUCUUACUGUCAGGAAGUUCUUCCUAAUGUUUAGGUGGAAUCUUCUUUCUUGUAGUUUGGAUCCAUUGCUCCGUGUCCGCUUCUCUGGAGCAGCAGAAAACAACCUUUCUCCCUCCUCUAUGUGACAUCCUUUUAUUUAUUUAUAUUGUAUAUUGAAUUAUAUAUUGUUAUAUAUAAUUAUUUAUAUUGAAUUAUAUAUUGUAAUUCAAUCCCAUCCAUGUUUGCUCAGAACAAGCCCUCCUGCACUUACUCCAUUGAUUUGUAGGACUGCAGCUUCAAAGUGAUUUGGUUUAAUUAAAUGAUUUUAAGAAAACAAAGUCUCAGGAGCAUCUCAGUCAUUCCCAGUGUCUUUGUGUUCACUGGCUAGAAUGCUGGAAGCUUGGAGCAGGUUUCGUUCUUACUGCACGACUGAUAUGCGAUAGCAUUUGCUAGCCGACAUCAUGUAAUAUUUGAAAGUUGAGAGGUUAUGAGAUGGCAUAUAUUACAUUUGCCUGAGUCAAAAUAAGCAAGAAAGUCCAACGAAUACUUGAGAAGUACUCGGAUUUCAAUGCUCAGUAGAAAACACCCAUUAAACAAAAUUCCAGUUUGAAAUUUUGAAUCAAAAAUGUGGUGGAAAUUGAUGUUUUGGAGCAUUUAGAAUAUUCAUAAAUCCAGACCUGGGACUCAGCUAUACAGCUGCAAAUAAAACGUUUUAAGGGUGUUGCAAAGUGCAUUACACAAAUGAGACACUAGAUGGUGAUGGUGAGCUAUGGCAAAUUCAAUAUGUUUUUCAAAGCAUUUUUUUAAAAACAACAACACAUUUUCACAACUUUUUUUUAUAUGUGUCUAGAUUCCACCCUGGAGGUUGUCUCCUUAAUAACAGAGGCUUCUCAGUCAAAUGUGGACAGAGCUGCUUGUCUUUUCUUUAGCUUUUUCCUAUUCUGACUGCAUUCCUCUGCAGGUCCUUGACAUUGGCGAGUGCCUCACCGUCCCAGAUGAGUUUUCCGAGAAGGAGAAGAAGACAGGGAUGUGGUGGAAGCAGCUCAUUGCUGGAGCCAUGGCUGGUGCUGUCUCCAGGACUGGAACUGCCCCAUUGGACCGACUGAAAGUCUUCAUGCAGGCAAGGAGCUGCUAAGAAUUACGGAGGGAGGGGGAAACAGUAUUUCAUUCUGCAUUGGGACCUGGAAUGGUGGCAUCAGUUCAUGUGGUGUGGGGCAAUGACAAACUCAAAUGGGCCUCUGUUUUGUCCCAGAAUGCCAUGCUCAGGAUGUUAUGACCAGGUUUUUUUUUACAUAGUAUGUUACACAUGAAGACUGUAAAAGGAGAAAAAGGGCUGCCCCAUACAAGCAGGAGCCAACAGGUUCAGGGGUCUUUCAUUUAUCGUAUUUUUCGCUCCAUAAGACACACUUUUUCCCUCUUAAAAACUAAGGGGAAAUGUCUGUGUGUCUUAUGGAGCAAAUGUGUGGUCCCUGGAGCUAAAUUGCCGGAGUGCGGCACGCUCCUAAGCUGCUCUUUGGGGCUGGCGGGGGAAACCCGGGCUCCCCCCGCCAGCCCCAACAAGCUAUGGGAGCAGCGGGUAGGCUGCUCCCUGAGCUGCUCUUUGGGGCUGGGGGGACCCGGGCUUCCCUCCAGCCCUGGGAGCAGCGGGCAGGCUGCGAGCAGCUCUUGGGUAGCCCGCGAAGCCUCCGCGGGGUAGUGGGAUGAAGGCUCCCCGCUGCCCUGCGGAGGCUUCAUGGGCUACCCCAGAAGCCAGAACAGCUAGAGGGAGCCCUGCACAGUGCACCCUCUCGCUGUUCUAGCUUCUGCCUUAGCGGCAUGAAGCCUUCGCAGGGCAGCGGGGAGCCUUCAUCCCGCUGCCCUGUGGAGCCUUCGCACGGCUAUCCCUGGCUUUUGCGGGAGGUGCGUCCUAUGGUCCGGUGCGUCUAAUAGAGCGAAAAAUACAGGUGCCUCCCUGAUUCCUGAAAUAUGGCAGGGGAAACGGCUGUGUAGAAUCAGCCUUCACAUUGGGUUUACUGGUCUUGGAAUUCCACCAAGUCCAAAGACAGCACUCUGAUGAGUGCAAGCGAUGCUGUUAUCUGCAGGCUCGACUACAGCAGAGCUGGCCAUUUGCUGAAAAGUCGGCAUGUGAAUUCAAAACUUAUUGCGCCUCUUAGCUUCUGCCCUUGACAUUAAACUCCAAGCGAAGACCACAACUCCCUAUGGCAUGGCUAAAACACAUUUUGAAAUACCGUGACCAGUGUUUGAAGUAUGUUUUGAAAGGCUGGCCUUGGGAAGUGUUGAAAAGACCAAUCUCUUCGCCCACAGCAUUUGAAGAUAGCAAAUGGGAGGAGAGACUGGAUGUUGGGGAAGUGGAGAGGUGCAUGCAAGACCUACAGAGCUUAUUUCUUCGCAGAAGGUGGCUUAAUUUCUGACUAGUGUUAAACCUUAUCUGCUCCCCUCGGCAAACCUUAACAUUCAGGGAAACAGAUUUCAUUUAUUUAGGUACAGUGGUGCCUCGCAAGACGAAAUUAAUUCGUUCCGCAAGUCUCUUCGUCUUGCGAGUUUUUCGUCUUGCGAUGCACGGUUUCCCAUAGGAAUGCAUUGAAAAUCAAUUAAUGCGUUCCUAGGGAAACCGCCUUCAGACCAGGUCCGGGGACAGUCUGUCCCCGGACCUCUUCUGAAGGCUGGGGGGCAAGGGCUUUCUUCCCACCCCCAGCAUUUUAAAAACCCGGGACAGCGGAGGACUUCUCCGCUGUCCGGGCGAUCUUAAAAUGCUGGCGGGCGGCAUUUAAAAUCACCCCGGGACAGCGGAGGACUUCUCCGCUGUCCGGGGCAAUUUAAAGCCCCUGGGAAGGCAGGCAGGGGGACAAAGACUUUGCCCCCGCCAGCCUUCAGAAGAGGUCCUGGACCUCUUCUGAAGGCGGGCGGGGGCGAAGUCUUGCUCCCCGCCUUCAAAAGCCCUCCGGGACAGGCAGGCAGGGGAGCAAAGACUUCGCCCCCGCCCGCCUUCAGAAGGUCUUCCCUCCCCCCGCCCGGCUCGGAGCACCGUUCCGAGCCGGGCGGCGGCGGAGGUCUUCCCUCCCCGCCCGGCCCGGAGCACCGUCCCGGGCCGGGCGGCGGCGGAGGUGUUCCCUCCCCCGCCCGGCCGGAGCACCGUUCCGAGCCGGGCGGCGGCGGAGGUGUUCCCUCCCCGCCCGGCCGGGCACCGUCCGAGCCGGGCGGCGGGGAGGUCUUCCUCCCACCGCCCGGCCGGAGCACCGUCCGGCCGGGCGGCGGCGGAGGUCUUCCUCCCCCCGCCCGGCUCGGAGCACCGUCCCGGCCGGGCGGCGGCGGCAGGUGUUCCUCCCCCGCCCGGCCGGAGCACCGUUCCGGGCCGGGCGGCGGCGGCAGGUGUUCCCUCCCCCCGCCCGGCCGGAGGAGCCUUCCGAGCCCGGCGGCGGCGGGAGGAGGUGUCCCCGCCCCGCCGCCAGGCUUCGGAGGAGGUCCGAGGACAGUGGGGAAGACGCGCUGCGCUUCCCCGCUGUCCCUGAGAUUUCCCUAUGGGCUGUCGUCUUGCGAAGCAAGCCCAUAGGGAAAUUCGCUUAUGAGCGCCUCCAAAACGGAAAACCCUUUCGUCUAGCGGGUUUUCCGUCUUGCGAGGCGUUCGUCUUGCGGGGUACCACUGUAUUGCACUCAUAUCCCAAGCUUUUUUCCAAGCUCUCCCAGGUCCUAGUCUGACACUCUAACCACUGCACACCAUAGAGGACACUGUGUGCAAUCAAAGAGUUGCAUCAGCCACAAUGAAGAAGAACAUGGCUGUGUCAGAGUCUUCUCCUAGUGUUCCUAAUUUUUCCAUAGGAUAAACGCCAACCUUGACUUCUGUCUGCAUCCCUCCUCCUUUCUCCCAGAAAAUAGCAGCAACACCUUCUCGGAGCCUUCAAAUCUUGCACAUUUAGCAAUCUUGCCUCCUGUGCCUUCCCAGUGGACUCCAUUGUGAAAUUUGAGGGGCCUUUUUGGAAUGCUGCAAAGGAUACUGGGAUGCAGAUCCCGCAACACACACUGGCUUUUCAUUGAUGCCCCAACCCCUGAAAAAAUGGCCAUUGUUGCUUAUGCUGUCAGAAAGAAGGGGUGGUUUUCCUUGCCCAGACCCUGAUGUUGUGGUUCCAUCUUGCUUGUAGGUUCACGCCUCCAAGAACAACAGUAUGAACGUUUUGGGCGGAUUGCGAGGCAUGGUACGCGAAGGAGGCAUCCGCUCCCUGUGGCGAGGCAACGGGAUCAAUGUGCUCAAGAUCGCGCCUGAGUCUGCCAUCAAGUUCAUGGCCUACGAACAGGUACGGCCUGGGGACGGGGCUGCAGCUUUGCAUGGUAGUCCCUGUGCACGUGUGCACAGCAUUUUAAUUCCUUUUUUUAAAGUCCUUCAUUACUGGACAGAACAAUGACUUCAUACAGCACAGUAUUUCCCAUCCCUAAGUACAUGGAACUCCACCUUGGGCAUGUAUUUAUUGGAAGGACUCGCCCGAAAGGAUCACACUUCUUUUACUCAGCUGCAUCGCCCUCACUCAGCCCAAAGUGCCUAAGGGGGGAGUUCACCAAAUCUAUCUGUGGCUCGCAAUCCAUUGCUUAUCAUUGCAGAUCAAGCGGGCAAUUCGUGGGCAGCAGGAAACACUGAGGGUGCAGGAGAGAUUUAUUGCUGGCUCCCUGGCUGGCGCCACAGCACAGACCAUAAUCUACCCCAUGGAGGUAAGUUUUCUUUGGUAGUAGAGCUUGAGGGGCAAAUUCUCAUUCUGUUGCUGACUUCAUCCAUGAUAUCCGCCCAAAUGAAUGUGAGAACCUAGCACUACAGUGGAACCUCGAUUUUUGAACGUAAUCCAUUCUGGAAGACCGUUCAACUUCUGAAAUGUUCGAAAACUGAGGAGCAAAGGGCUGUCAGCAAAUUCAACUGAGAAAAUUGAAAAACACACAGAGGAAGCCGCUCGACUUCUGAGGUGCGUUCAAAAAUGGAAGCGUUUACUUCCAGGUUUUCAGCGUUUGGGUUCUGAAACUUUCGUCAAUGGAGUCGUUCGAGAACCGAUGUUCCACUGUACUGCUAACUAAUAUAGGCCUAGGAGAAGUAUCCCCUCUGCAGUGCAAUUUCUCCCCAGUUGUCCCUACUAAUUUGUGGACAGAUACUAUGAAGAGGUUGGUACGUGUGUGGAGCUGUGGGUUAAACCACAGAGCCUAGGACUUGCCGAUCAGAAGGUCGGCAGUUCGAAUCCCUGUGAAGGGGUGAGUUCCCGUUGCUCAGUCCCUGCUCCUGCCAACCUAGCAGUUCGAAAGCACGUCAAAGUGCAAGUAGAUAAAUAGGUACGCCUCUGGCAGGAAGGUAAACAGUGUUUCCGUGAGCUGCUCUGUUUCGCUAGAAGAGGCUUAGUCAUGCUGGCCACAUGACCUGGAAGCUGUACACCAGCUCCCUCGGCCAAUAAAGUGAGAUGAGUGCCGCAACCCCAGAGUCGGCCACGACUGGACCUAAUGAUCAGGGGUCCCUUUACCUUUACCAUGAAGACAUUUUGCCAGAAGAAACUUUUGUAUUUAAGGGACAGAAAGGUCCUGAUCAUUUCUUUUCAGUAUGGUGGGAUUUUAUUUCACCAAGUUUCGUUUCAGAUGUACUGGUCUCUUUCCCUGUGCCAUGUAGAGAAACAUGGCUGUCAUGAUUUCAGACUGGGUGCUGUUGCUUAAUAUGAGGGGGUGACGAAUAAAGGAGGGAUAUUCAUGCCUUAGUUCAUCUGACUCCCCCUCCCUCUCCAGGUUCUAAAAACACGGCUGACCCUCCGCAAGACGGGUCAGUACUCAGGGGUGGCGGACUGUGCCAGGCAGGUCCUGCAGAAGGAAGGGAUCCGUGCCUUUUACAAGGGCUACCUGCCAAACAUGCUGGGCAUCAUUCCCUACGCUGGCAUUGACCUGGCAGUUUACGAGGUGAGUGACUGGGCAUGGGGUUGGCACGAACAGCAAGGGAAGCUCAACCUCGCCUCCUACUGGCUACCAGUCCUCUGUGAGGAAGGAUACUGACCUGGAAGCCUUUUCUCCUUGAGGCCCUUUUGAAAGACGCUGCCACCACCCUUGCAGGAACCCUUUCUUUCCCAUGCUGUGUGGCUAAACAGCAAUCUCGCCAGAUUACAAGGCUUGGCAUGAAAGCCACUGCCUCCCCAACUGUGUUAGGCCCUGGGAUGCACCUGCGCCAGAUUCCCAAGUUACCAACUCCUCCUCUCCCCUUCCUUUUGUGGCAGACGCUGAAGAACACCUGGCUGCAGAAGUACAGCAAGGACACAGCUGACCCGGGCGUUCUGGUGCUCCUGGGCUGUGGCACUGUCUCCAGCACCUGCGGCCAGAUCGCCAGCUACCCGCUAGCUCUGGUGCGGACCCGGAUGCAAGCCCAAGGUGAGAUUGCAGCAUCGUCCAGACAGUCUGGCCUCCAAGGAGAGCACUGAAGGUGGCUGUGACUGAGGUGUAAUGAGCAGGAGGUUGGACUAACUGCAAAGCCCCAUUAACAAUAGGGGGACAUAAGGAGUGUGGGGAAGAAACUCUGCGAGGAGGGGGGAAGAGAGCCUGGAAGGGCUAAGAAACAAUGGCCUGUUAACAUAACAAUAUCUCCUCAUACUUGCUGAGUUUCAAGGCUGGCCAUGAGUUUUCAGUUUAGACCUACACACACACACACACACACACACACACACACACACCCCAUCAGGCUUCACCUGACUCUGCUCUGUGAUCUCAUCAGGCAGCGCUAGGCUCUUUGGGCAGCUUCCAAUUAUAAAUUAUAAAACCACAGUAAAACAUCAAACGUUAAAGACUUCCCAGUACAGGGCUGCCUGCAGAUGUCUUCUAAAAGUUGUAUAGUUAUUUAUCUCCUUGACAUCUCAUGAGACAGCAUUCUGCAGAUGGGAAGGCCCUCUGCUUGGUUCCCUGUAACCUCACUUCUCGGAACAAGGGAACCACCAGAAGGCCCUCGGAGCUGGACAUCAGUGUCCGGGCUGAACGAUGGGGGUGGAGACACUCCUUCAGGUAUACAGAGCCGAGGCCGUUUAGGGCUUUUAAAGUCAACACCAUCAGUUUGAAUUGUGGUCGAAAACUUACUGGGAGCCAGUGUAGGCCUUUCGGGACCGGUGUUAUAUGGUCCCAGAGGCUGUUCCCAGUCACCAGUCUAGCAGUCACGUUCUGGAUUAAUUGUAGUUUCUGAGUCGCCUUCAAAGGUAGACCCACGCAGAGCGCAUUGAAGUAGUCCAAGCGGGAGAUCGCCAGAACAUGUAUCACUCUGGUGAAACAGUGCACAAGCAGGUAGGGAUGUGGUUGAGGCCAGCAUCAGAGGUGGGCAUCAGGUUGCUCACAAGUCAAUCACCUGAAGUCAUCAUUGCCUCAGGUGAAGACUUUCCCAUGAAUUCAAGCCGGUUUGCAGAUGAGAAACGUUCCGUUGCACAGAACCCCUUCGCUUGUGAGCUCCCAAGCUGGGUUUGCUGUCUGCGCUGGUCAGCUGAUUGUUCCUGACAGCAAGCCCUGCCUUCAGCAGUGAUCAGCUCUACCAGGGAGUUCCUUGGCGGGGACUCCCUAGCACAGUUGAUCCCACGAGGGCUUGCUGUUAGCAAUAACAGCAAGCCCUGCAUGGCAGGGAAAGACCAGGAGCACAUGUUGCUCCUUUGCAGCUACACCUUUUCCUGUCCCACACCUAAUGUCCUAUGAUAUCAGGUGUGGGGCAGGUGGCUUAGAGAACACAGCCUGAUUCAGCCCAGGGGGCAGAGGUUCUCCAGGCCUGCGACACAGCACCAUCGUUCACAUGCCUUGCACUCACCCUCAGGGCAGUUGUGUAGAUUGGGCCCAAAGCAAGAGGGCAGUGAGAGACUGUCAGUGAGGAGGAGUGGGGGGCUUGAUCCAGGGGAGGACACCCACUGAGGACAUAUUGCCAAGGGCCCUCUGAAACCGGGAGCCGGCACUGAAGUUGACAACUCUGCUCUGGAUUGUUGGAUAGGCCUCACCAAGAUACAUAGAGAGCAGUCAAAUACAACAUUCCUAGAGUGGACAUAAAGGGGAUGUUUGCUCCAGCUAGUAGAAAACUUCAUGUUUCCUCCUGGGCUGGGACAGACUUCCUCUGCAUGUAACUAGAGGUGGGCAUGACCUUACCUGUGCAGGUAACAAAAGCACUAGGCACACAGUCCCCUCUCUCUCUUUGUCUCCAUUCAUUGGAGAAGCAACAGCUUUUUAGCUAGAAAUGUUCUGUUGGCUUUCAGCCAACAGAAGACAAAGAAAGGGACUAUCUCCAUAUGGGAUAGAUUCCACGUGUAUAUGCUUUGUAACCUAAAUCUGCCUUCAGGGAUCCAUCUGUGAACUGAAUGUGUGAGUAAACUUCUUUUAUACUUUUUACACAACAUUGUGUCAUGCCUAUUCUUUUUAAGGGGGAGAAAAUGGGAUGACCAGGAAUCCUAUAUUGAGAAGCUUAUGCGAGCUUGCAACCAGCUAACCACUGUGCAUGUUUAAAAGGGGAAUGCACUCUGCUAAGUAAAGGGACUUGCUAACGCAAGUUAGGAAGGAUAUUAUUAAACAAUAUAGCCUCUCCUGCCUCCCUGAACAUUCCCACACAGAGGUCGGGUGGGCCCGAGCAGUCCAAUCACUGUUGAUGCAGGAACCUCGUCACUCGGGUCUCGCUGAACGUUCUCAUUCCAUUCCUAUGCCGAAAGAGCUAUAACGUUAAUUAAAAGCUGGGGCCGCUUACAGAAACAGAAGCGACCCUCUCUUGAAACUUUGUUGGAGAAGCUUUCAAACAUAUGACCCUGACCUCUCUGCUCCUUUCCCCUCUCUCUGCAGCAACCAUUGAAGGUGCCCCACAGCUGAGCAUGCUGGGCCUCUUCAGGCACAUCCUCUCUCGAGAAGGGGUGCUGGGCCUCUACCGCGGCAUUGCCCCCAACUUCAUGAAGGUCAUUCCCGCCGUCAGCAUCAGCUACGUUGUGUAUGAGAACAUGAAGCAGGCUCUGGGGGUCACGUCCAGAUGAAGCGGAUGAAGCCUGCUUCCCCAAAGGGGCCAGGACCUGCCUCUCAAGAAGGACCGCUCCUCCCGACAGUGUGUCCUGAAGGCAGCAGUAGGUGGGGACGUACCUCCUCUGCUCUAGUGCCCUGUGGGGCAGGGAGUGGGCAGCUGGGCGGAGGAAGGCUGGAGAGUGCUGGAGUGAGCAGGCCCUUGUUCUCCUCAUCCCCAGAAAAGCAGAGUUCUUCCUCAGCCAGGAGGACCAAGGAGGCCUGUCCCACUUGCUUACAAAGGUGUCCCCCGUCCCACCGCCAGACACCAGAGGAUGGGAAGUGCCAUGGCCCUUCGGAGGUAGAUUUUCAUAGGUCUCCCAAGUGCUGGAGUCUCUGGGGACGGCCACUUCAAACGGGCUUUCUUCUGAGUCAAGGCUACUCGCCAGGAGCCUGCCGCUCUCGCUGCAUGUGUGUCGUCUUCUUCCCUGCCCACCCCCCCAGCAUGUUUCCUGUUCUGCGUAUUUCUGCCAGCCAUCCAGCAGGAAACCAACCCCACCGACGUUCAUUGCCAGUGACGUGUGGCCGGAUCUGGAAUGAGCAGCUAUGGUGUAAGCAAAAUGGGGAAGGUACUCUUCACCCCACUUCACCCACGGUGUCUCAGCACUGGAGAUGAUGCAUUCAGGGACAAUCUGCCAUACACUGGAGGUGUUAGAAAAUUCAGCGAUUGCAACCAGGCGUUUCCCAACCAGGCGUUGACACCCUGGAAUCUGGGGUUUGAGGAUACCCAAGGACACGUUCUUACUCCACCCCAGAUAUCCAGCUGCAAAAACUGAACCACGUUGAUCCCUCUUCCAUUCCUCUCUCUUCCACAUCCUGUGGGGGCGCUGGAGCACCAAGGAGCUGCAUUUCAGCCCAGCACUGCGUUAUCUUUACCUAUGUGGAAAGUGUCUGUAUAUUUUGCACGUUGACUUGUUUUUAACUUAUAAGACUGGUCUGCACUCUCUUCUCGACAUAGACAUCGGGAAAUGGAACUGAAAUGUCUUCCCAUCCCCAAACCUUCCCUUUCCCUUCUGAGGUGGUGGACAAUGGAGAAAGACAUUUCAAGGGCUAUUUGCUGUCGUCGUCAACACACAUUACCUGAGGUCUCUGGAUUUCUUGUGUGAACACAUUUCUGCUUGCUGGGAGAUGUUUGCGCUGGUCACAGCAGCACUGCGGCUUAAGAAGUGACACACACAAACACACACACACCCCAACAACAGCCCUUGAAUCCAUGCUCCCUGGUUUCCAUGGCCCUCUUCUGUCUUGCUUACCUCUACGUAUUGGCAAGUUGCAAAACAAAGGAGGUAGGAACUUAUUUUUCCUCUCCCCCCCCUCCCCCCGUGGGAUAUUGCUUUGAAAGAUGUAGAAGAGUCAGGAUGGCAGGUAGAAAGAUUGCCCAGAAAUACCUUCCUCCCCACCCACCACCCAGCAAUCAUAGUAAUAGUAAUAAAAAUAAAAACCUGUUUUCAAAAGAUUACCCGGAGCACUAUCUUCUAAUGUGUACAGUUCUGGGACAUUAGGGUUCCAAGCCUCUGCCGAAGGGAUCUGUACAGUGUAACCAGAGUCACACUAAAAACAAUUAACAGCAAAAAAAAAAAAAUCUGCGGCAAGAAAAGCUUUCAUCUUUGUUUUUCAUAGUCAUUUCUGCUUCUGCUAAUCACGGGCAAGAAGAUAUGAAGGGCACUAAAUUCCUCCCACCACCAGUACCAGCAGCUAUAUUCAGGAACCUCGCUGGCUGCUGAUAUUUCCUGCAAGCAUUGCUCCCAUGCUUUGCAACCAAAGGGCAGGACCAGGGAAGGCCGCCAAAUGUUAGAGACGGCACUUUUGUAACCACAAGAAGGCAACAAUAACUCAAGUUCCCUCAGAGUUUUAAUACAGUCGUACCUUGGAUCUCAAACGCCUUGGCUCCCGAACAAUUGAAACCCAGAAGUGAGUGUUCCAGUUUUCGAACGUUCUUUUGGAAGCCAAACCUCCGGCGGGGCUUCUGAUUGGUUGCAGGAGCUAUCUGCAGCCAAUCAGAAGCAGCGCUUUGGUUUCUGAACGUUUUGGAAGUCGAAUGGACUUCUGGAACAGAUUCGACUUCCAAGGUACGACUGUACUUGGGACACAGAUGUGGAUAGGAUGGUUGUUGUUUUAAUGGGAUCCUUUUUUGCUCAAAAAGGUGCACCUGUACUUUUCAUCAGCUUCCAAGACAAUAGGAAGUCAACAGUGGCAUCUACAGUAAGUUGAAGCUGUGGGACCUCAGACCCCAGACAAGCAGUAGCAAUGUUAAUGGCAGCAGAGAGGCUGUGCCCCAUAACACCCACACAACCUUUGGGAAGGUAUCUUCCUUGUAACUGCAGGUCAUAUUGUUCCCUCCUCCCUUUAGGCUCAAGGGUGAGAUUGUGAUUUCUGGACUACAGUGAAGCCUCUGUGAUUCCUUCAAAUGUGUCAGAUGUAGUGUUGAGCUGUGUCAGGGGUGGACCUUGGUAAUAUGGCGCCCUGUGUGAGGCCAAAAUUUGCUCUCCUCCCCGAGGCUUGUGCUGCCUUCCCAAAGCUGGGAAAGCACUAACCUGUUAGAACCCUCACACCUCCUUCCCAAAGCAAACACUUACUAGACUUUGGGAAGGAAGCAAGAAGGUGCCCCCUUGGCCCCUACACCCCGGCCAGGGGAACCAGUUGCGCUGUCCUAAAUCUGCCCCUGGCUUUGUCUGGGAAUUCAUUUGUCAGGAAAUCAGUCUCUUGGGUUGAUAUACAUGGCCGUAUUUAAUACUUUUUUAAAAAUGCAAAUACAGUGGUACCUUGGUUCUCAAACGUAAUCUGUUCCAGGAGCCUGUUUGAUUCCCAAAACGGUUCGAAAACCAAGGUGCGGCUUCCGGUUGGCUGCAUGAGCUUCCUGCACUCAAGCAGAAGCCACGUUGGACGUUUGGCUUCUGAAAAACAUUUUCAAACCGGAACGCUUACUUCCAGGUUUGCGGUGUUCAGGAGCCAAACCGUUCCGAGUACCAAGGUACUGUAUAACAAAAAGAGAAAAAUAAAAAUUGAGAAUUUCCGGCUGAUGUUAACAAUAAAAAUAUUUCAUCACUUCUAAUUUAAACAUAUAAAUUAAUAUAAGCAGUCUGUGUGUCCAAAUAGGUUUCUAAACAAGAUUGAUGAUUAUAAGCCAUGUGUUCAAAUGUAGAAAGAGCACUGCAUUUUAGUCAUGUUUAAUGCACAAGAAUGCACAAGAAUCUUGGGAACUGUAAUUUGUUGCGGGCGCUGGGAACUGUAGUUCUGCAAGGGGCAAACUACCAUUCCCAGGAUUUUUUUGGGGGGGGGAGCCAUGUGCUAUAUGGUGUGGGUGUGUGGUGUCUUGGGAGGGAACGGGGUCAUUGCUGCACAGGACCUCCAUGUUUCAAGGGGCAACAGAGUGUAGUGCAUGACAUUGGCUUGGGCCCCUCUUGUGUUGCACAGAUUUGGAAUCUCAGCCUUAAGGGCUCGUCCAGAUAGCAUUUGUGUCAGUGUGGAAGCCUCACCAGAAAGAGAUGCCAAAGAAAGAGGAGAUAAUUUGUGCGGUAGUCAGUACACUGUGCAGCUUGCACGACUCUCUGGUGGCUCACUGCACCUUCAAAUAGCUAAAGGGCUGUCACAUGGAAGAGGCAGCAAGCUUGUUUUCUGCUGCCCCAGAAGGCAGGACCCGUACUAAUGGAUUCAAGUUACAAGAAAGGCGAUUCCAACUAAACGUGAGGACAGAUGGGAGGAGACAGCGCUAUGUUUCUAGAAAAAGAGGUGCCAGAACUCACCAUGAAUACCUCCCUCGUUCUCUUAGAAUGACACCCACCUGAGAGGUGCUGGAACAGAGUUCCGGCUGAAAAAAAAAAAAAAAGCCCUGGCAAGAGGUUUUCAGCAGUGGAAUGGACUGUCUAGGAUGGUGGCUUAUUUGACUGGAGAUAUGGGUAGCUAUCUUUCAGGGAUUCUUUAGUUGUGAUUACUUCAUUGAAGGUGGGUUCGAUGAGAUGACCUUUGCCUUUCUUCCAGCUCUAUGAUUCUGUGUUGCCUGAUGGGCAUGGUGAACCUAUUCCAAGUUAGAUGGGGGUUAUGAUCCCUUUAAAGAGCUUUGAGGAAGACAUUAGUUCCACAUUUGUAGCUUCUCCGAUUGCAGUGAAGGAAAAAGUAGUUGCUGAAUACCAGCUCUCUCUUUCAGAGCAUUUAACAGGAGACCUUACCUAUAAGAAAUGAAGAGCAAUUAUAAAUACCUGCCAGUAUUCCUAUCCGGUUGUGUUCCUGGGCUGACAGUACAAAAAUCCAGAAGAGAUAGAGAGAUGGGGAACCCACUGUACAGAACUGAGGCAAUGCUAGAAAGACGUUUAAGAUUGUUUUCAGUGGAAACUUAUGAUUUAAGGUUAAUGGCACUUUGAUUUUAGUAGCAAAAGGGGGAGAGCAGGAGUUAAGAAACAGCCAAGACUUGGGAGCUUACAGGGAUGAAGUGAAACUAAAAGUACCGGUAUUCCUUGAGCCUGGCUGGUAACUCAUGCUUGGGGCAACUCGCCCUUCUCCUGCUUGCAACACUGGGGAAACCAGGUAGGAUUACUCAGUUGCAGCCUUGAGGUCCCCACCCUCCUGUCAACAAAUUGGGAGAAAAGGCAGAGGCCGUUUCUGCUGCCCAUUCCCAUGUUAUGCUCCUUCCUCUGCUCUAGCAAGUGAGAUCCCCAGAUGUGCUGCCCAGAAGGUGGGUGAAUAAAAACACCGGGAGAAAAUGAGUGGGAUAAGCUGUCACUGCCUUAUCUCCUUUGUCAGCUGCACAUUUAAAGGUGUUUUAGGGGAAAUAUUUGAGAUGUAGACUAGCAACCCUAGUGAGAGGGUUAAUUUGGUAUGUGACCUAAAGCAUGGGGUAGAUGUAAGUAAAAGUUUGGAGAAUCUAACUGUGGGGCAAAGGACCUGUUAGCCUUCAGAUCCCCUCCUGCCAUUGAGUCUGCAAAACAGCUGUAUAUCCUGUUAUCCAGUUGUGGCCCUGGGCUUCCUGAUGCAUGACUCUUUGAGCAUUGAAAAGGUGUAAAUAUCAAAUGAUCCCUGACUAAAAUUUUCUACAGAGAAACCAGCUACCUCUUGUUACUUUCUCCCAGGAAAACAAGUGUGGCGGCUGGAUUCUAACAUAGAAUCCACUUUUUAGGGACAGAGCAAAGUGGAAAGUCCUACCCACAGCUUUUGCAUUCAUCUUGCACUCUUUCUUUAUAAAUGUUGCCUGAAUCUGACUCCAGCAAGGCUACUUCCAUACAUCUGUUGCUGCUGCGUUUUGUGUUGGUAUUUCAAAGGGAAAAAAGAACACACACUAAUAAAUUUUCUAAACUUUC